AUGUCAGUGUCCAAAGGAUCCUCAGCUGUCUUCCUCUUCCGGCCAUUGGACCUGGGUCGGGGAGAUGGGGCGCAGGUUGAUGGAGUUGCAGGGCAGAGGGCAACGGUGCGCCUGGUCGGUACAUUGGGUUUUGGUGAGAAGGGGCGUUGGGGAAAGGGGCACGGGAGGUGAUGAACCAGGCCGGGGAGAUGAUGAAUCAAGGGGCUAUGAACCACCUGUAGAUGGGCCCUCAGGGCUCUGCUCUGUCUCUGAGCUGUCCAAAACACCACUCUCGAAAUAAAAGCAGAAAAAAGGAAGCUUGCAAAAAAAUCACUCAAUACUGCCCCUCAGUCUUCGCAAGGAAUGACAUGUCGGGUCUCAAUUUACAGGUCGAAUGACUGGGCGGAUUACACUUUUGUGAUGAAAAACGACAUUGCAACACUGCGCUACGCUCUGUCGGCCCUGUUUGCGUAUUGUCUGUAGACCAAUUAAGCUAGUGAUAUCGGUUUUUAGCAUGGGCUGCAUAUCAAUCCACCGCAUCCGCCGAUGUCGGCCUUCCACAGGUGGCAGAGCUACAGCUGUGUUUGUCAGACCAGGAGACAUCCCGAAAACCGGUCUUCUCGUGAAAACGUCUGUAGUGUCCGAACCGUUCGGCAAACAAUUAUGACCCCUCUAUGGAAAGGUGAGAUUCUCACGAACACGUACAUGUCGGUUUUGCUCUAGGACGCCCACAAGCCUCACAAGACUCGUCUGAAGGUAGCCCGGUACCAGUAAAAAAAAAAAAGGUGGAAGUAGUUUAGUGGCAAAAAAAGGGGUUAAAUAUGGUCAAAAAGUAUAUAAAUAAUUUCCUGAUCUUUCUUAUAUCUCUCAGAUAUCGGACAGACACUUCAAAACAAACUUCCUUUUGAUGUAUUUUUUGACUGUUUUUCCUUGUAUGAAUCUGUUAUUCAAUGCGUUUCUAUGUGCUAAUAGCAAUAAGACCAAAUUCAAUGUUUCAUCCCCAAAAAAAUUAGAUAUAUAUUUUUUUAUACUUAAAGGUGUCCUAAAAUUCAAAAUAAAAUGUCUACAUGAUCCUUGGUAUGACCAUCAUAAAACAAUUUCCUGCAAUUUGACACAUUUUACCAUGGGGAGGAGAGAGAAUUUUACAGUUUUAAAGAUUUGACUGUGUUGCAGUUCAUAUAAGGAAAUCCGUCAAUUGAAAUACAUUCAUUAGGCCCUAAUCUAUGGAUUUCACAUGACUGGGAAUACAGAUAUGCAUCUAUUGGUCACAGAUACCUUAAAAAAAUAAAAAGUAGGGGCGUGGAUCAGAAAACCACUCAGUAUCUGGUGUGACAAACAUUUGCCUCAUGCAGCGCAACACAUCUCCUUCGCAUAGAGUUGAUCAGGCUGUUGAUUGUGGCCUGUGGAAUGUUGUCACACUCCUCUUCAAUGGCUGUACAAAGUUUGCAUUGCUGUGUGAUUAACAGUACAUCUUUCUCCUCUCCCCUAUUUCUCUCUCCCUCUCCUCUCUCUUUCUCUCCUCUCUCUUUCUCUCCUCUAUCUCUCUCUUUCUCUUUCUUUCGUUCGUUCUUUCUUUCUUUCGCUCUCUCUUUCUUUCGCUCUCUCUUUCUUUCUUUCUUUCGCUCUUUCCUUCUUUCUUUCGCUCUCUUUCUUUCUUUCUUUCUUUCUUUCUUUCGCUCUUUCUUUCUUUCGCUCUUUCUUUCUUUCUUUCGCUCUUUCUUUCUUUCGCUCUUUCUUUCUUUCUUUCGCUCUUUCUUUCUUUCUUUCUCUCUUUCUCUCUCUCAUUCUGUCUCUCUCGCUCUGCAGAAAAUGCAGAGUCGGGGGACCUGAAGCAUUUCUUUGACCAGUACUACUCUCACAUCUACUAUGUGUUCUUUGAGAACUUAGUCAUCAUUGAAGUCAGUCUCAAACAAAAAGGUGAGAAUACAAGUUCGAGAAUAGUCUGGUUUGUUGGCCUGAAUGUUAUAUUCACAUUAUUAUUACUGGAUGUUUUACAGUCGCUAGUCAUGGUGUCACAGGUAUUGUUUCGGACACUUCCUCACAUUCACUUCUCUUUUGCAGGUCACAAAUCACAAAGGGAAGAACUUGACUCCAUUCUUUUCAUAUUCGAGGUAAGACAGUUACUUCUGCAAUAUUGAGGGGUUGUUUUAAAUGAGUGUCACAAUUAUUUUGAGAGGGAUGGAUUCAGACUUGAUUGGUCAACAAUAUACAGAAUGCAUAGAAAGCAGAAUGGAGUAGGUGUAACGGAGAGUUGGCCUAACAUUCCCCCCCAAGCAGGUUAAUGUGUAGGCUACUGUAAAUCAGAAAUUAGAGUGCUUCUUUCUAAGUGUUUUCUAAAGUUGGCUUGAUAACUCCUCAAUCCCCAUGUGUGAAAUAUCCCCCAGACCUUGAGUGUGGGGUCAUGGAAAGUCCACACGCACACACACACACACACACAUACAGGCGUGUGCCUGGUGACCACCCACAGGAUAUUAUUAGAAUGGACUGGAGGCCAAGCUCAGUGAGGCCUGAAGGCCAUAGCAAGAUGUUCCAUUUAGAUUUCAAGAUUCAAAAUGAUCACACACACACACACUGUAGGCAUUGUCUUGUCUUGUGUGAUAUUUAUAGACCCAGUGAGCUGAGAGGCAGAUUUUUGGUCUAAACAAAAUGGGUGUCUGUUUACCAAACAGCUAGUGGCCUUUUUAUCAGUGUGAAUGAGUAAUGUGGCAUUACAUCUUCAUAGUCUCCUUACAGGUAGGGCCUAGUCUUCCUGCUGCAGUUGAUCUCACAUCUAAGGCCAGUGAUAUUUUAAAAGUUUCCCUGAGAGAACUGCCUUUCCUCUCCAUGAGAGUGUCAGACUAGGUGACUGUGAUUAAGUAGUUGCAGGUGUUGAAAUGUGUGAGAUUAGCCAAACUAGUCUCCCUAGUCUCCCUUUCAAAGAUUUCCCUGGAAAGGUGUCUUCACCUCACCUCUCCCAGGUUGCCUCAUGGUCUUCUUCAUAUUGAGUCAGAGAUGUCUACCGCUUGGCUGAAUUACCUCAUCCACAACAGAGAGGCGAGGCAACUGAUGUUCUUUGGACAAUUGCCAUUAUAUUCUCCAAUGAAGAUGGAUUAAUUUGUUUCAACGCGGUAGUAAAACUGACACUAGCCUUCAUACCAUUCCUGACUGUUGUAUUCUAUGUUCUGUUAACAGAAAAUUCUGCAACUCCUACCAGAGCGAAUACAAGGACGAUGGCAGUUCCACAGCAUAGGUACAUUUGUACUAGGCCCUUGUACAUGUUGUGCUGCCAUUGAUUGAGUGUGGACGUCUUUAUUGGAUGAGUCUGCACGUGUUUUGGGAAAGUGGGUUUUUUGCUCUAGAUCAGGGAUGAGAAAAACUUUAAUGGGGGUGAACUCAUCAUGAGGGGCUGCAGUGGCUCGCGGGUCUGUGUACCCACAUACAUAUCCACACAUGCAGUCAGAGCCGACCCUAGCGUUUUGGGGGCCCUAAGUGAAAUGUUGUGGCCCACACACUCCUCCCUUACCAAUGUCUGUAUUAGUACUGACUGUAGCUACAUGAUUUGUAACAUGCAUUUGGAGUGAGAGUGAAUGAGAGUAGUACCCUGCACUGCACUGCCCUCUCCUCACCCCUCCACUAGGUGGUCUCUCCUUUUCCACUGCACUGAGACCACUGUGCAGUUGGAUUCAAAGGCCACCCAGAGAAAGCCAGAGAAUGCCAAGGACCUGGGGAUGAGGGUCUACCAGGUCUGACCGAGAACUCUGACAUGUGCUGUAGUAUUGGGGGCGGGGCUGUUCUGGGGCUGGGUGGAUAUGGUAAGGGCUGGGGUAGUGGCUGGCUGGUUGUUGAUAUUCUGUGUAAUGUGUUUUGUUGUCUCCUCACAGGCCUCAUUCUGAAGAAGCUGUUGCACACUGGGAACUCUUUAAAGGUACAUCAGAGUGGUCCUUCAUUCGUCAGUAGCAUCUCCAGUAGCCAACCUGCCUCUCUACAUGUAGUACUUCUGUUUUUGCUGUUAUCUUCCUCUUUCGCAAUGGUGUUGACUGCUAUGGGUAUUUGGUAAUAGUAUGCUCCUAGAAAUAGAAAGGCUAGAUUAUAUUUCUAUUAGUAUGUUCCUGACUGUGUCUCUCAACCUCUGUAGAUCCGAAGGGAGGGUGUGCGUCUGUUCCUGCUAUGGAUGCAGGCCUUGCAGGGCAACGCACUGAGAGAGCAGCUAUGGAUCUUUGCCUGCCUGAUCCCUGGCUUCCCAUCUCCCCAGUCAGAGCUGGGCCCUCGAACCCUGGCCAACCUGGUCAACCCCCCUCACAGCCUCCAGGAGAGUUAGUAUCUCUACACCCAUCACCUUGCUAGUGACUGUAGUUAUUAGGAAAUAUCUUGAGGUUGACUGUUAUGCAGCGUAAACAUAUCUCAGAUUCAAACUCAUAUGGCCAAUGUCAAACCUAAUUAUCAUUCAAGCCCAUGGGGCUGAUGUUCCCAUGGGGCUGAUGUUCCCAUGGGGCUGAUGUUCCCAUGGGGCUGAUUCUUGUGCUUUUCAUUCUUUUUAUCUCCUCGUUUAUUUAUUUAGCUUCUUCUUCCAUUCCUUCAGCUCAAGUGACUCCAGAAGAGAUCAGUCCCCUGGUCCCUCCUCAGUCAGGGGAUAAAGCCCAGGAAGACCUCACAGGAUACUUUCUGGAGGCUCUUCUGAAAUACAUGGUAAACCAGGUACUCUUCCCUUAAUUACUAACACUGUAAACAUGCAUGGAUGCAAUAUUACCUACUACCUACCAGCGAGCCUUUUGAGAUGGGCAUCUGUCUGUCUGCAUGCUGAGAUUGGCAAGUGCAAAUGACCGUAAUCCCCUGAAUGUUAAAUCACCCAAAAUGGACACAAGCAGUACUUCAGUUCAAACUGUAACGGGAUCAACAACAUAGCUCAUAUGUUUAGCUCAUACACAUUAUUAACGCUGAGUUGCAUCUGCAUGCUUUUGCUGCAGUGUACUGUAUGCUCACACACACACACACACACACACACACACACACACACACACACACACACACACACACUGAGUUAACAGCUGCGCUGCUCUCUCCCUCCCUGUCUCUGGUCCUGUCUCUGGUCCUGUUUCUGUAAUGCUCUUUGUUAACAUUGGUCUCUUGUUGUUGUCUUUCCCCCUGCAGGCCAAAAGUCUGGAGUGGAAGUGUAAAGACAACCACGAGAAGGGCUUUGCAUUCCUGUUUGGAAACUUCAAGAAGUAUUACCUGCCACACAUAUUCCCCAACUUCUCCAAGGAGACCAGUUUGUACCAUCCCUUACUGGGUGAGGAGACUAAUUUGAAUCAGUAUGAGCUAAAGAAACAGAUAGUUAUUUGUUUAGAUACAUUGUAAAGCUGAUUCUUAGCUUUGCAUUUUACUAUAGUGGUGCAGUGUGCAUAGAAGUACAUUGAUACCCUUUGAUACUACUGAGCCGAGCUGGCCUGGUUAUACAUCAACCAUAUACUUGAACCACGCUGGAAAGGAAACAUCAAAGCCAGCACAGUACGGGUUGGGUCAACACAAUGGUGUGAAAAGGGGAAUAGCGAUACAUCUGCAUUCUCUAUUCAACCUCUCUCCGUCUGUCCCCCCUCCAGAGGUUCCUUCGAUGAGACCAAAGCCUUACUACAGUGUGGUGAAGAGAGACCCCGAGACCAACGAGGCAGUGUACUGUACCAAGGAGAGCCUCCUCAACGCCCGCGUUAUCUUCAUCCGCUGGCUGGUGUCCUUCUGGCUGGAGCCACGCUCCAACACUGGAACACACAUCCCCGGGGUGGACGGAGAGAGGGAGAUUGUUCCAAAGAACAUCCAGGUAAUCACCGUAUACACACCUGAAGGGAAAGUUUGCCAGGGUUAGCACAACGUAUAUAUUAUAUCUAGGAAUCAUAUAGAGAGCGUGCCAAAAAACAUCCAGGUUGGCCAUGCAGGCAGAGGUAUGCAGGGUUAGCAUAACUAUAUCUUUACAUUAAACACUGCCUCUGGGACAGCUUUUGAGUUGUGAUACAGUUGAAGUCGGAAGUUUAUAUACACCGUAGCCAAAUACAUUUAAUCUCAGUUUUUCACAAUUCCUGACAUUUAAUCCUAGUAAAAAUUCCCUGUUUUAGGUCAGUUAGGAUCACCACUUUAUUUUAAGAAUGUGAAAUGUCAGAAUAAUAGUAGAGAGUGAUUUAUUUCAGCUUUUAUUUCUUUCAUCACAUUCCCAGUGGGUCAGAAGUUUACAUACACUCAAUUAGUAUUUGGUAGCAUUGCCUUUAAAUUGUUUAACUUGGGUCAAACGUUUCGGGUAGCCUUCCACAAGCUUCCCACAAUAAGUUGGGUGAAUUUUGGCCCAUUCUUACUGACAGAGCUGGUGUAACUGAGUCAGGUUUGUAGGCCUCCUUGCUCGCACACGCUUUUUCAGUUCUCCCCACAAAUGUUCUAUAGGAUUGAGGUCAGGGCUUUGUGGUGGCCACUCCAACACCUUGACUUUGUUGUCCUUAGGCCAUUUUGCCACAACUUUGGAAGUACGCAAGGGGUCAUUGUUCAUUUGGAAGACCCAUUUGCGACCAAGCUUUAACUUCCUGACUGAUGUCUUGAGAUGUUGCUUCAAUAUAUCCACAUAAUUGUCCUUCCUCAUGAUGCCAUCUAUUUUGUGAAGUGCACCAGUCCCUCCUGCAGCAAAGCACCCCCACAGCAUGAUGCUGCCACCCCCGUGCUUCACGGUUGGGAUGGUGUUCUUUGGCUUGCAAGCACCCCCUUUUUCCUCCAAACAUAACGAUGGUCAUUAUGACCAAACAGUUCUAUUUUUGUUUCAUCAGACCAGAGGACAUUUCUCCAAAAAGUAAGAUCUUUGUCCCCAUGUGCAGUUGCAAACCGUAGUCUGGCUUUUUUAUGGCGGUUUUGGAGCAGUGGCAUUUUCCAAGCUGUUUAAAGGCACAGUCAACUUCUGACCCACUAGAAUUGUGAUACAGUGAAAUAAUAUGUCUGUAAACAAUUGUUUGAAAAAUUACUUGUCAUGCACAAGGUAGAUGUCCUAACCGACUUGCCAAAACUAGUUGGUUAACAAGAAAUGUUGUGGAGUGAUUGAAAAACGAGUUUUAAUGGCUCCAACCUAAGUGUAUGUAAACUUCAGACUUCUCUGUGGGAUAUACUAGUGAACCUCCAACUCAUGCAUUGUGUUACAUACAUUUCCAGGCCUUAUGGAAGCUAUAAUGGUGGUUGUGUUUCUCUGGUUGUGUUCCAGAGGGCAGCAGCAGGGCUGGCAGCGCGGGGACAUGGCCUGGGGGAGGACCUGGGCCCCAGUGCAGACAGCCUGGACAGAGGGAUGGGGUGUGAGCAGGAGCAGUCCCACUCCAACACCUCCACCCUGACGGAGAGGGAGCCCAGCUCCUCCAGCCUGUGUAGUAUGGACGAGGAGCACCUCACUGACAUGGAGGUGGUGAGACGAGUCCUCUGUUCCUCCAGGACCAACGUCAACUUCAUCACCGAGAUCUUCCGACAGGUACAGCACACUUACUCACACGCACAGUACAUUGUGUAUUGCUGGUUUCCCUUUUGGAUCAAUAAAGUUCUAUUACUACUAUGUUCUAAAUACCCCUGUAAAAGUAUGGUAUUGUGUGGCUGUAUGCUCCACAGAGAGCAAAGAAGAUAGCAUUGAUGUAUUGUCCUCUCUUCUCAGGCCUUCCUGUUGCCGAUGUGUGAGGCUGCAGCCAUGAGGAAGGUGGUGCGGGUGUACCAGGAAUGGUUCGCCCAGGAGGACAAGCCUGUGUUUAUGAGGGUGCCGGAGGAAGAGAGGUUCUUUCCCAUGGCUGGAGGGGUCAACCUAGAGCCUGUACCCCAGCAGGACACUGAGAAGGAGGAGGAGGUGAGAGCUGGGGCUCUGGGUGGGGGAGGAUGGAAGCACCAGGGUCCACUAAGGAAAACAUUUAGCAAUGGAAACGAAAAUGACUCCAGGUAUUCACUCCUUGUUUCAGUCUGUUUUCUUACGUUUGGUAUCUAAUGAACACAACCCUCAACAAAGAUAAGUAGGUACACAUGAUGGAGCCUGUCUUCAUGGUCUCUCAGUCUAACACUUGUUGUGUAUGUCUUUCUGUGUCCUCAGGGGGUGAAUAAAGUGUCUGAGAAAGAGCUGCUGGAGUACAGUGUGCAUGCCGGUGUUCAGCCCACUCUACAGGUAUUUUCUAUUGGCCAACACAUACACACACACACACACACACAUUAUGCUAAAUAGGCAACCACAUAAAUUCUGGAAUGAUCACUAACUUCCAUCCGAUACUGUCUAGUUCUUCACCACUGCCAUCUCCCCCUCUCUCUUCCACCCCAGGUGUUUGUCACCAACUCGGCCAAUGUUUUUCUGCUGGAGCCGGCCAACGAGCUCAAGAUGUUGCUGGAGGAACAUGUUGACAUGUGCAAGAGAGUCCUCAACAUCUACCGCAGCCUGGUCAUGCAUGAAACCAUGGACCAGAAGACAUGGUACAGCACCACAAUACUACUUGCUAACACUGAGCAGCGUAUUUGUUCUAAUGGGGAAGCAUAGCAUACAUUUAUGGCCAGACCCAAUUUGCCCCCUACCACUCCCAUUACCCCUAACCCUUCAAUGUUCGCAGAUCUGAAGGGUCUGGUUAGGUCUACAUGACCAAAAGUAUGUGAACACCUGCUCGUUGAACAUCUCAUUCCAAAAUCAUGGGCGUUAAUAUGGAGUUGGUCCCGCUUUGCUGCUAUAACAGCCUCCACUCCUCUGGGAAGGUUUUCCACUAGAUGUUGGAACAUUGCUGCGGGGACUUGCUUCCAUUCAGCCACAAGAGCAUUCAUGAGGUCGGUUACUGAUGUUGGGCGAUUAGGCCUGGCUCGCAGUCGGUGUUCCAAUUUAUCCCAAAGGUGUUCGAUGGGGUUGAGGUCAGGGCUCUGUGCAGGCCAGUCAAUUUCUUCCACACCGAUCUCGACAAACCAUUUCUGUAUGGACCUCACUUUGUGCACGGGGGCAUUGUCAUGCUGAAACAGGAAAGGGCCUUCCCCAAACUGUUGCCACAAAGUUGGGAGCACAGAAUUGUCUAGAAUAUCAUUGUAUGCUGUAGCGCUAAGAUUUCCCUUCACUGGAACUAAGGAGCCUAGCCCGAACCAUGAAAAACAGCCCUAGACCAUUAUUCCUCCUCCACCAAACUUUACAGUUGGCACUAUGCUUUCGGGCAGGUAGCGUUCUCCUGGCAUCCGCCAAACCCAGAUUUGUCCGUCGGACUGCCAGAUGGUGAAGUGUGAUUAAUUACUCCAGAGAACGCGUUUCCACCUCUCCAGAGUCCAAUGGCGGCGAGCUUUACACCACUCCAGCCGAUGCUUGGCAUUGCGCAUAGUGAUCUUAGGCUUGUGUGUGGCUUCUCGGCCAUGGAAACCCAUUUCAUAAAGCUCCGACAAACAGUUAUUGUGGUAAUGUUGCUUCCAGAGGCAGUUUGGAACUCGGUACUGAGUGUUGCAACCGAGGACAGGCUAUUUUUACGCGCUUCAGCACUCGGCGGUCCCAUUCUGUGAGCUUGUGUGGCCUACCACUUCGCGGCUGAGCCGUUGUUGCUCCUAGACGUUUCCAGUUCACAAUAACAGCACUUACAGUUGACCGGGGCAGCUCUAGCAGGGCAGAAAUUCGACAAACUGACUUGUUGGAAAGGUGGCAUCCUAUGAUGGUGCCACAAUGAAAGUCAAUGAGCUCUUCAGUAAGGCCAUUCUACUGCCAAAGUGUGUCUAUGGAGAUUGCAUGGCUGUGUGCGCGAUUUUAUACACCUGUCAGCAACGGGUGUGGCUGAAAGAGCCGAAUCCACUAAUUUUAUGGUGUCCACAUACUUGUGUAUUUAUUGUGUAUAAGCAGUGUAGUGGGGGAGCUUACACUUUUGCUUUACACCUGCAGAAAGGCCUCCUCAGCAGGGUUGGAAUAAACCGUAAACAUCCAAUUUUCAGGGAUACAGUAUCUUCAAACUAGCUUCCUUUUCCCCUGAAAACUGGAUUCAGGGACACCGCUCAGGCGUUUCUUUUACGCCUGCUAUGUUAGGUUAGGGCAGUCCUUCUCAAAUAGUGGGGCGCGCCCCCCUGGUGGGGCUCGGAGCGAUGCCAGGGGGGGCGCGUGUGACCCCGGGGAACAUGCAUUUUUUUGUACACUGUCGCCAGACGUAUAAAUGACAUUGCUAACGAUCUUAAAGAACAGCUGGUAGAUAAACUCAAAGACAAAUGUUUUGCCUUACAGUUCGAUGAAGCAACUGACAGCAACAAAGACUGUUUGUUUAUCGCUUAUGUACGUUUUGACAUGACAAACUCCCUGUGUGAGGAUCUACUUUUUUGUAAAUAUGUCAGAGACAGAGCCAUAGCUGAAGAGCUAUUCAAAAUGCUGGACUGCUUCCUGACUGAGAAUGGGCUAAAGUGGGAGAACUGCAUUGGUGUUUGCAGUGAUGGUGCACAGACCAUGGCAGGGAUGAGAAAAGGACUUCGGGCACUCAUCAAGAAGGCCUCAUCUAAUGCUGAGUGGACACACUGUGUUAUACACAGAGAAGCACUGGCAUCAAGGCACCUUUCCUCUGAAUUAAGUGAGGUUAUGACUGACAUUGUAGGUGUAGUCAAUUUUAUAAAGACCAGACCACUAAAAACAAGAGUCUUCUCUGCUAUCUGUGAGGAGAUGGGAGCUGAACAUCAAGCUGUGCUGUUUCACAGUGAAGCAAGGUGGCUGUCACAAGGAAAAGUCUUGUCCACAGUUUUUGAGCUCAGAGAGCAGAUAAGAAUGUUUUCGGAGCAGGAGCACAAGUAUGACCUCGCAGAAAAUUUUUGUGAUGAGAACUUCCUGGCAAAACUGGCCUACCUGAGUGACAUAUUUGGAAAGCUAAAUGAACUAAAUCUACAGCUUCAAGGGAAAGAUAAACACCUCCCUCAGGUCACAGACAAGAUCAGCUCUUUCACUCGAAAGCUUGCAAUGUGAGGCAGGCGACUUGAUGAAGGAAAUACUGAUUCAUUCGAGAACCUGCAUGAAUUUGUUGACACUACUGACUAUGAUGCCACCUCAGUGAUUCCAUAUAUUAAGGAGCAUAUUUCAUCACUGAUGGGAUUCUUUAAACAGUACUUCCCUGAAAACAGUUCCCAAUAUGACUGGGUGAGAGAUCCUUUCAAUGCACCAGCUCCAACUGGUUUCAGCUCUGCAGAGGAGGACCAGUUCAUUGAUAUGACGUCUGACUCCACAUUGAGACUGAGGUUCACAUCACAUACACUGAGUGAAUUCUGGCUGAGUGUAGAGAGGGAGUAUCCACUCUUAGGGCAGAGGGCCAUGGGCAUUCUUCUUCCUUUUGCAACAUCUUAUCUUUGUGAGACUGGCUUCUCUGCUGUUGCUGCACUGAAGACCAAGUACAGGUCCCAGCUAAACAUUGAGCAGGAGCUGAGAGUUGCAGUAUCAUGCUUCAAACCCUGCUUUGAAAAGCUGUGCACUGCAAAAUGUGCUCAUUGUAGCCAUUAAUCCUGACUUCCUCAUUUUGAUUAAAAAAAAUCAGCACAAAUUGUUUUAUUCAUUUUUGUUUUAUCGGUCAAAGUGUUUCAUAUAUUGUGCUCCUGAGUUAAUGUUGCUGAUCAAUUUGAAUUUAUUAUUAUUUAUUGAUUAUAUUUAAUUUUAUUUUUCAGUAUCAAAUGGUCAAAAAAUGUUUACAGUUUAAAUAAGGUUGUUGUAAGUUGAUCUAUAUUUUUUUCUUUUUUCUUUUUUUGUUUUCUUUAAUGUUAAUAAGGAUACAAUGUUAUUCAGAGGUGUACUUAUAACAAUUUUAUAGACAAAUUAUACUAUUUACAGUCGCGGCGGAGAGUUGGGGGGUGCGAAAUGUUUACUUCUUCCUAGGGGGGGCGUAACAGAAAAUAAUUGAGAAGCACUGGGUUAGGGCCAAGGUGGAGGGGUAGGGACUUUCCACUCUUUGUGAAACAUGAGGUAUCCCUAUGUGACCACUACUCUUCUAGUGUCUGUCUGUGCGUCUGCAGGGAGCAGAUCUUGUUGGUGCUGCUGAGGGUGACCGAGUGUGUGAUGAAGAGACCUCCCUCCAUCAUGCCCCACGGCAAGAAGAUCAUGACCCUCUCUGGGAGGCUGGCCGGGGCCGUCUUUCAGGUACCCAGCGUAGCACUCACAACAUACAGUGGUUGUGUCCCAAAUGGCACCCUGUUCCCUAUAUGGUGCACUACUUUGGAUCAGGGCCCAUGUGUCAAAAGUACUGUGCUAUAUAGGGAAGAGGAUGCCAUUUGGGACAUAUACUGUGACUAACCACAAGGGCUCUUUCUUAAUGGUAUUUUCUUGAUUCCUCAUGUCCUCUCCUUGAAUCCUCUCCUCGCUUCCCACUGACAUUUUGAAAAUAAGUUUGGGAGAGUACAGAAGAGGACACAAGGAAUCGAGCAAAGACUUUUGAGAGAGCCAUGGUAACCUUCCUCCGCAUGAGACCGAACAAAGGGAAGUUUCUACUUGUCAUGCUACUCUAUCUGUCUCUGACUCUCCUCCUCCUCUGGUAGACCUUGAUAGUGGCGUGGAUCAAAGGGAACCUGAACGUGUACAUCUCCAGGGAGCUGUGGGACGACCUGCUGGCCGUGCUGUCCUCGCUCACCUGCUGGGAGGAGUUGGUCACAGAGUGGUCCCUUACCAUGGAAACGCUCACCAAGGUUCUGGCCCGCAACCUGUACAGGUAACGACAGGAGAGAAUGUGCUAAACACACAUACUGUGGAAGGCACAAGCCCAAGCAUUUUGUUAAGACAUGUUGUAAAGAAAAUACAGGAAAACUUCAAUUAAUAGCCCGGGCAGUUAUUUGAUAAAAUCACUAAACACAAUAGGUGCUUAUUAGAGACCGGCUUCUAUUUGAGCCAGGAGUCCAUUUCUUUAAUGCACACAGCUUUGGUUCAUUUUCAUAGUUAAUUGUUUAAUUCCAGCAUUCACUUCCAGCAUUUUAAUCAAUUUCUUCAUUUCCUGCACUAAUGUGUUAUCUGUUACACACUGUCACGUUUAUUUUGUCUUAGUAUGCCUCUAUUAUAUAAAAUAACUUACAGAAAAUAAUCCUUGACAGAAUAAUUAUUCAACUCUUUGACUGCAUGUUCGGCAGUUCUUACGUUCACCAACAGAGGGCGAUCAGACGAUUUCUGGGGGUCUAUACUUUUGAAGUUGUUGAUUGUUUUUGUGCUUGCCAGUUAGCUAGCAGUUCUCAGCUGUUAGCAGCCAAUGGCUAGCAGUUUCUUACUGGCGAUAAAAACGGAUGAUUGCCAUCAUUUUUUCAAGUCAUUGCUGAAUUAUUUAAUGUUUAUUUAUUUAAUUAACAAAUCAAACAUUAAACCUCGUAAACAAUUAAUGGUUGUUCACGAUAGCCUUGUAAACAAUUCAUUUAGACCCAGCGUUUAUUUGAAACAGGCAUUUAUUUUCUGAAAUGUGUGCCAUUGCCUGGCUAUUAAAAGGGACAGGUGGCUAUUUGAGACUGCGUUUUAAUUGAAGUUUUAUGGUAAUAUUAAACAGAGGUUCAAUUUGUAUUGGAAUCAAAGUAAGUGCUGGCCCCUUUUUAAAUGUUUUAUUUUCUUCCAUAACCUGUACAGUCUGGACCUCAACGAGCUGCCCCUGGACAAGCUGAGCGAACAGAAACAGAAGAAACACAAGGGAAAAGGUACAACUCUCACUGAUUUACUCAAUCUGACGACACACACUGCUUCCUCUCUCCAUCACUCUCUCCCAGUGGUGUACUGGAGGGUAUACGCAGGUAUACGCCGUAUACCCACUUAUAUUUCCGUGGGCAUUGCGUAUACUCACUUCUUAAUACCCACUGAUUGGUAACAAAGUAGUGUAGUGGAGGAAUACGCCAAUUCAAUUAAUAAGGCUGAUGGAACAGAUCAGAAUGUUUAGCUUAUAAUUUUGAUAAACGAUUAUUUCUCCACAUUUAGGCGCAGCAGUGUACCGACGGCGGUAGGCCUUUGCGUGAAUGUUCCAAAAUGAAAUUGGCGGGAAACCGCUGUUCUAAAAUGUGCACCGCACAUACGAGCGGUUUCAUGGACAGAGAUGGAAAUAUCUGUUAGAAAUUUAGAAAGGGGGGAUUUAAAUAUGCAAAAAGCAUCAUGGAUUGCUAAUAUGACUACGAUAAUGCAUUUGGCUGCUAGACAAUGAAAGAAAGUUGAUAGAAAGUCAAUAGAACAGGAGAAAGCAUAUGACUAAGUCUAUAUACGUUUCUAUCGUGGGAUUUUGGCUAUAGGCUACUUUCAAGUAAGGUAAGAAUAUGAAGUAAAACGGCCAGGUUUCAAACAAUGAAGAACCAUCUUCUGGUAGAAGGAAAUGCUUUCCCAAAAACCUUCUCAAUCCAGUACCCAUUUAUUUUGGGAACUGCAAUUUGUGUGCUACAGAAACAAUGCUAACCAAACAACAGUGCUAGGUGCCUGCACACUUCCACCAUCACUCUCUCCAUCACUCACUCCAUCACCCAUCACUAUCUCCAUCACUCUCUCCAGCGCUCUCUCCGCCUGUCUCUGCCUGUCUAGGCCUGUCUCUCUCGUUCCCUCUCCCUCCCUCCCGUUCUAUUUUUUAACACCACAGAGACGUUCCAACCUGUACCCUAUCUUUGCCUCUCUGUGUUGGUCGCUAGGGGGCGCUCACGAGGGCCAGAAGAUGGCUGUGGACCAUUCGUUCUCUAAGGGCUGGAGCAGGGACCAGCCUGGGAGCGGUCAGGCAGCAGCCAUGAGGCAGCGCAGUGCCACCACCGCUGGCUCCCCGGGCAUGGAGAAGGCCAGGAACAUCAUACGCCAGAAGACUGUGGGUUAGUGUCACAGCCAUCAUAUUUAUCAGAGGAAACUACAUGUCUACAUAUUGUCUUAACCUCUUUAAGAUAUAUUUUCAUGGAUUAUUUAAAAUGCUGUAUGUAAUGGUUUCAGUAGAUCUAUGUACGUGGCACAUUUGACUAAGGUUUUGGUGUAAUGGUCAAUGCUGCUAUAAUGCUGCUAUACUGCUAUUAACUGUCAUCAAAUGUAUCUAGGCAAGUUAUUCUUAUUUUAGCCAUUUAUACAUAAUAAUUGAAAUGGGAAAUCAGUACCGUGUGGGAGUCCUCCAGUGAAGACUGUUUCAACUGAGCUUGUGGGUUGUGUGGGUACAUGGAGGGCUCUGUGACCUGGCUCCUGAGGUACAGACAGACAGCAGCUUUGCCUUUUCCUAGUCCUCCUCUCUCUGAAGGUCACUGCUCUCUGCCUUGCGCUCACUGUCCUCAAUUUCUCCUCUCACUUUCUCACCUUCCUCCUCUCUCUCCCCUUUUUACCUUCCUCAUCUUUCUAAACUCCUUAUUUUCUAUCCAUUUCCUCUCUGUCUCUAUUCCAUGACCCCUACCCUUCUUUAUUUUCUCUUCCCUCUCUCCUCUUCUUCCCCCCUUCCUUCUUUUACCUCCCCUUCCUCCUUUCUCUCCUUCUUCUUCUCCUCCCUUCUCUCUCCUCUCUGUGUGGCGUCCGUCCGUCCCUCAGCCCUGCGUAGCUGCUCUACGGGUGACAGCCUCCUGUCCCAAGCCUUUAUCCGCAGCGCUAAAAGUGCCCCUGUCCUGAUCCAUCCUCUCCACCCUCUCCUGUCUGACUCUGUCCUCACUUCCCUAGCUGACGAGCUGGCAGGUAGAGCCCACUACUCUAUGCCUGUACCUGUGCCUCCAUCUCUAGCUGUCCCUGUGUAUCUACCUGUAUCCCCCCUCCACCCACUUCACUUCUUCACUCACUAUCUGUAUGUUCUUGUCUGUCUUUGCAUAUUGUUUGUGUGCUUGCCUUUGCUUGUGACUCCACACAGCCUGCUUGUCUUGGUGUGUUUUUGAGCUCUUGUUUGCUUCUUUCAUAAAAUCAAUAUUUCUCUCAGGCCUAGACUCUGGGGGUGUGUUGUUGUUGUUGUUUCUGAAUCACUAUUUAAUAUCCUUCUCAGAUCCAAACAGUUUUCCCUGCAUGUGGUUUGGUGUGCAUCUCUAGACCCUAUCAAUUUAUGAUUUUGAUGGCUUCUGCUAAAAAAUGACAGUUAUUGUCAACCCAUUUUUUGGAUGAAUUCUCAUUUGUUCUUAUUGAUGUAUUUUAAUUUGUCUGUUUCCUCUGCUGCAGCUGUUUUGGCUUUAAUGAUAUGGAAAUGAUUGGAUGCAACUUAAAUAUGAUUCUAUUAACCAUGAAAAGGAAUGCAGUUUUUGCCAUGUUUUGUCUGCCAUGUUAUUGCAUGGACUUGGUUGGUGCUCUUGGGUACAGCGAUAUUGUGUUAGAGUAAACCAUUAAUACAAACUUGCCUAUUGGGCCGACUAAAUUCAAUCACCUGCUCAUUUAAUCCUUUACACAGAUGUACAGUGGAUUCACAAAGUAUUCAGACCCCUUCCCCUUUUCAACAUUUUGUUACGUUACAGCCUUAUUCUAAAAUGGAUUAAAUAGAUUUUUCCUUAUCAAUCUACACACAAUACCCCAUAAUGACGAAGCAGGAAUAUUUGCAAAUUUAUUAAAAAUAAAAAACAGAAAUUCCUUAUUUACAUAAGCAUUCAGACCCUUUGCUAGGAGACUUGAAAUUUAGCUCCGGUGCAUCCUGUUUCCAUUGAUCAUCCUUGAUGUUUCUCCAACUUGAUUGGAGUCCGCCUGUGGUAAAUUCAACUGAUUGGACAUGAUUUGGAAAGGCGCACACCUGUCUAUAUAAGGUCCCACAGUUGACAGUGCAUGUCAGAGCCAAAACCAAGCCAUGAGGUCGAAGGAAUUGUCCGUAGAGCUCUGAGACAGAAUUGUGUGGAGGCACAGAUCUGUGGAAGGGUACCAAAACAUUUCUGCAGCAUUGAAGGUCCCCAAGAACACAGUGGCCUCCAUCAUUCUUAAAUGGAAGAAGUUUGGAACCACCAAGACUCUUCCUAGAGCUGGCCGCCCGGCCAAACUGAGCAAUCGGGGUAGAAGGGCCUUGGUCUGGGAGGUGACCAAGAACCCGAUGGUCACACUGACAGAGCUUCAGAGUUCCUCUGUGGAGAUGGCCUUCCAGAAGGUCAACCAUCUCUGCAGCACUCCACCAAUCAGGCCUUUAUGGUAGAGUGGCCAGACGGAAGCCACUCCUCAGUAAAAGGCACAUGACAGCCCGCUUGGAGUUUGCCGAAAGGCACCUAAAGGACUCUCAGACCAUGAGAAAGAAGAUUUUCUGGUCUGAUGAAACCAAGAUUGAACUCUUUGGCCUGAAUGCCAAGUGUCACGUCUGGACAACGACCCUAAGCACACAAUCAAGACAACGCAGGAGUGGCUUCGGGACAAGUGUCUGAAUGUUCUUUAGUGGCCCAGCCAGAGCCAGGACUUGAACCCGAUCGAACAUCUCUGGAGAGACCUGAAAAUAGUUGUGCAGCGAUGCUCCCCAUCCAACCUGACAGAGCUUGAGAGGAUCUGCAGAGAAUAAUGGGAGACACUCCCCAAAUACAGGUGUGCCAAGCUUGUAGCGUCAUACCCAAGAAGACUCAAGGCUGUGAUAUUUCAGUUUUUUAUUUUUAAUAAAUGUCACAUUUCAAAAAAAACUGUUUUCGCUUUAUGGGGUAGAUUUAUGAGGAAAAAAACAAUUUAAUCAAGUUUAGAAUAAGGCUGUAACGAAACAAAAUGUGGAAAAAGUCGAGGGGUCUGAAUACUUUCCAAAUGCACUGUAUAGGCAGUUAUAGACAUGCAAUGCCCACAGAAGAUGGUUAUGAACGCAAGUCUGCCAACUAUAUGUGAUCAUAUUGCUGGACCACGGUGUGGUGAAUGUUACUGAUCCAUUUCCUUCGCUGUGUUUUCCUGUACGUAGAGUUGGUAGGACCCCUCUCCAGUGAGCUGUGCCCUGUGUGUCCCCUCUCUGUCCAGAUACGGAGGACCCCCCCAUCGCCAUGGCCUCUCGGGCCCCCAGGAUCCGCCACUGCUCCCAGAGUGAGAAUAACCCAGCCUCGGACGUGUUCUCAGCAUCCAGUGACCUGGAACCCCAGGGGCCCCCGCUCCCCCGCAGCAGCAGCGCUUCCGACAUCAUGGAGCCCUUCAUCGCUGAGAGGGUCAAAGGUGCACUUCCUGUCCCCGACAGUCCCCCCUCUCACCCCACCACCACCGCUGUCUUUGCCCACCGCCACCACGCCUACCACCCCCCUUGCUCCUCCCGGAGCCACUCCUUGCACCCCCCCACAGCCCCAGGUAGCAGGGUGGCCUCUCUGGAGGUGGGGGAUAGCAUCUAUGACCAUCUGUGGCAGAUGAUAGGCCCCCGCCCCCCUGCCCCUGACUGGACGUGUGGUGGAGCCCCCUUCUCCUCCACCCUCACCCAGUCCUCUGAGAGAGAGGAUGAGGGGGAGACUGAGGGGGAGGAGGACCUACUUAGCUCUCUCAGGGAGUACCUGAUGCACAUAACCCUGGAGGAGGGAGGUGGAGUGGGGGAGAGGGGCGGCCCUAGUGAGGCUGUGCAGGGUAGCGCUGUGGCGGUACAGUCAGGGUCACAGCAGGUCAGGAGACAGGUCCAGGUAAGGCAGCAGAGCAGCUUAAACUUAGCAGAAGAGGACAGUACAGAGGCAGAGCAGCAGCCUGCUGAGAGGAGCAUCUAUGAGUGUUUGGAACAGAGUGAUGACUGGGAGCUGACCAGCAGGGGGAGCUCUAGCCUAGACCAGCAGGUAACUACUCAGGGCACAGAGAAUAGGGAAGAGCCCCAGUUGGUCAGGCAAGAUGCCACAGAGUGUGAGUAUAAUAACGAGACAGGAGGUUCAGGCCAACAGGCCCCUCAGCCCCAGCAGCAGUCCCACUCCCUCAACCUCCACCACUCCCUCAAGCCCAGGCUGGUCCGGGGUAGGCCCAAAAAGCGCCAUGGGGACGGGGGAGGGGUGCACGUCAGCUUCCGGCCCUCCACAGAGUCUGUCCAGUUCCACAACCCUCUAGACUCCAAGGAGGCCCACUGGAGGACCAGGUUGCGCCGCCUCAGCCACUUCAGUAGCCACUCUGUAGGAGGGGUGGGGUCUGGAGGGGCUGGGGCAGGGGUGGGGGAAUCAAAGGGCAAAGUGAGGUCAGGAGGGGAGGGGGCGUGCAGAAGCAGGGAGCAGCCGGAGCGGGAGGCCAGUGGAGUGGGGGGUCAUGUGACAGGGCCAGGGCGUGUCCGUCUGGGGCGCUCCUCCCUUCGGCUCCGCGGGACCCGUUCCAGGUCCCAGGAUGUGGAGUCAGGGAUCAGUCCUUCUCGGCAGCAGCAGGGGGCUCUGUUGGGCGGUGUGUAUAAAUCUGUGGUCCAUGCUCUCUCCAAGCCCAAGGCCCACGCCUCCGGCUCCGCGUCCCCACAGCAGCACAGCAAAGCCCCCGGCGGGGCCACAGAGGCGCCCCUGAGGGACCUGUACACUCAUGUAUUGGGCUAUUUUGGAAAGAAAGCACCAGGUGAGAGACUUGAGGAGCGUCGCUGUGCUCCAAGGCACUUCCACAACAUGGAAAACAAAACUACAAAAUAAAAAUAAAACACAAAGCACCACCGUUCUAUCUCCUCCAUCUUUUUCAGUUUUUUAAUUAACUGUUUGAUUUUUUGCUGAAUGCGGAUUGAAAUGAAGCUAUUUUUUUUGUCUUUCCUGUUUUAAAGUAGCAGACACGAUCCCAAAAAAGAACCAAAGCCCGGCCGAAGGCCCCCCCUCCCCUCCUCCUGGGACGGCUCUCCCCUCCUCCUCCUCGUCCUACAGCUUCUUGGACUAAAUCUCUGCUGCCCCUCCUCUUUAUUCCCUGAAUGCUGCAUGCGGCCUCACACCUCCCCCUCAGCCUUCUCUUUCAGAGCAACACAACACCAUACAGGACCACACAUUCACUGCACACACUGAGGCCAAAUCUACAGGCAGAACAAGCUAUCUAACUCAUUUACAUUUGAUAAAUUCACACAGAAUACAUACAGUGUAGCAUUAUAAUGUCCUCUGAAGUCCUUUGCUUCCAUAUAUACAUGAAACUGGGAAAUGUGUCUGUGUCCUCAAGUCUUCGCUGAUGCUCUAACAACAACAUGUCAAUAUACCUCCAAACAGUUGGGGGCAGUAUAAACGUUCUGAUGGAGAAUAGGAUUUCAGCACCACGCAUUGAGCUGGACCCUCUUGAGUCACCUCAAUGACAACGCUACCACAAAGUCCAAUGUCUCUUUUCUUUUUUCUUCCACUAAAUUUCACUGUAGUAGCUAGAUAGUAUUUUAACAUUGACUGUUGACACAGCUUGCCAUAAUUUUGUGUUAGCAGAACAUGUAGUAGUGGCUUCUUAGGGCAGUAGAAACACACGUUUUUAAUGGCAGCUCACUAGUUUAGAACUAAAACACAGUUGAAAGUUCAGACUAACCAGAGAAAUGUUGAGUCACGUGGGCGGGAUGGGGACAUACUCUAUGCCCUCUGCUUCUCUCUGACAAUCCAGCCCAACAUAUAAGUGAAUAUAAUAGCUGUUUAUUCAUGUAUCAUGGCCUUCAUAUGUAUGCUGCCUCAUCUUUCAGUGUCCCUCGUCUACCCAGUUAACACACUCACCGACUGGCCGCUCCCUCACCUAACCACAGUGCAGUUUACAUAGCUAGACUAAUCUCUGUUCUGUGGUGUGCUGUACUCAUGGCCUGGACAAAACAAGGUUCUCUCUCUCUCUCGCUCUCUCUCUCGGUCUCUCUCUCUCUCUGUCUCUGUCUCGGACUGCAUGCAUGUGAGUAACUCCUGCAUCGCUUUACUGGUUGGACUCAGUUGUGUUGGUUGGAUUUUCUUUAAGGUUGUUCCGUUGAGCAUUGUGCAGCAGUUACCUUCAUUCUUAAUCUCUAUAUAACAGCACAUACAACACCACAGUUACCUUACUUUAUUGACUGAUACUGUUACACAGGCAUACAUUUAUGAACUUAACAUUCUCCACAGCCUAUAGGAAUGACAUGCAUUCAAGAUUUUAGUCCAAUGGUCUUGUAUUGUGUUGAGGAGAUCUGUAUGAUAGGAAUGUGAAGAGGCUUGUAGUUGUGUGUGUCAGUGCUGUGUGUGUCAGUAUCUACUGACAGUGGGGUGAAGUGUAUGUAUUUUGCUCUCUGCCUGAACACAGCCAACAAAGAGGACCCUUGUCAGACGAUGCGGGCUGUGUCCAGUGAUAACGGCAACCAAAACUUUGGAGACCUGAUGGACGAAUUUAUCCAAGAGCGUCUGCGAGCGAGAGGCUCCUCUGUAAGUCACCCUUCUAUUUUCUUUCUUUCUUUUUCAUUUCUCACACACACACACACAAUUUAUGAGCUGAGUGAAUAAGUGAAUGUUCUCAGCUCAUGCUCCCUAAAUGUUUAGUCCAAACAUCAGAGUACGAACUUCUCCUUUAUACCUCUCACUCUCUCUCCCCUCUCUACCGCUCUCUGCAGGGCAUGACCAGGCGUGGCAGUAGCCCCGGUAGUGUGGAGAUCCCCAAAGACCUGCCGGAGCUCCUGAACCGUCAGAACGCCACACGGCCCGUGGACGACCCCGGCGUGCCCUCUGAGUGGACCUCCCCCGCCAGCGCCAGCAGCAGCGACGUCAUCAGCUCCGACAGCCAAUCAGACUCCUUCAACGCCUUCCAGUACGCCAACUGCAAGUUUGAAAGUAAGUGACGUCACCACAGCUGACGUCACAUCUCGUUAAAUCAGUGACUCGUGUUUGAAAUGUUUUUGAGGAUAACACAAGUUAUAAAUCAUGAUUAUAUCAGUUAGCUCACGCUUGCGUUGCCUGCAUAAAAAAACCUGGUGCUGUUAACUAAGUAACAUAGUAGUGGAGUGGAUUGUAGAUUGUGCUUGACAUGCUGGAGGAGUACUCAUCGUUCUGACCACUGGGUGGCACUAUGCUGUGUUAGAUUUCAGCUCUGGUCUGGAUGUUUGUGGUGCGGGGUCGUUAGACCAGGAUAACGCUAGCCUUGGAGGAGUGCCCCAGACUGCAGAGGAACAGGAGCUGUCCAGCCUCACCACCCUGCACAUAGACUCAGAGACCAGCAGUCUGAGCCAGCAUGGCCUGUCUGCAGACACCAUCACCAUCACAGGUCAGAGCUGCAGAUUCACAAAUCAGAACACAUCGGCUUUCAAUGUCCACAUCACUCAUCCUUUUAUACAUCUUAGUGACUUUCCCACUUACAUUUAAAGAACUUUGAUCAUCUGGAAAAACGCAUAGAAAUCCAUGAUAAAAUAUGGAUUAAAUCCAAUCAAUUAUUAUUAUUCAAUGUCUACCUAAUUCAUUACAUGAAUAUCUGUGUUCCUCCCUCCAGGUUCAGAGAGUGCGUCCCCGAUGCAUUCCCUGGCUGGUUCCCGCUCCCAGACCCCGUCUCCAGCCACCCUGACCGCUGAACAUGUCGGGCUGCAGCACAAGGACCUGCAGCUGGAUGAGAAACUACAUCACUCUGUACUACACACUCCUGAUGACCUGGGUAAUACACACGCACAGAUGUGAGCGCGCACACACACACUGCUCUCCAUAGUAACUCGCUUAUCUAGUCACUACCCAAACUUAAACGGCCCCUCACCUAUCACACAACACAAACACACUACACACUGAGCCUUGCAGACACACUAACAGUGUACUCAAACGUGUCGGUCUUCUUCUCCCUCUCUCAGAAACUAGUGAGUUUCCUACAGAGGACUGCAGUGUGAUAGCCGGUGGCUCCCUGACCGGUUGGCACGCUGAUGUUGCCACGGUGAUGUGGCGGAGGAUGCUAGGCAUUCUCGGAGAUGUGAACACCAUUAAGGACCCAGAGAUCCACGCGCAGGUCUUUGACUACCUCUGUGAGCUGUGGCAGAACCUGGCCAAGGUGAGGAACCAUACGGGAAUCAAUCAGACUGUGUACUCAAUACAAGAAUGGAAGUUACUGGAUCAAUGUAUGUAAGACACCCACUCACGACAUUCACUCACUCUUUCUGUCUUUCUCGCACUCUCUCAUCUUUCUUUCUCUCUCCUAUUUCUUUCUCUCUCCUAUUUCUUUCUCUCUAUUUCUCUCUCUCUCCCUUCUUUCUCCCUCUCUCAUCAGAUCAGAGAUAAUCUGGGCAUCUCUCUGGACAACCAGUCAUCUCCUCCUCCCCCUGUCCUCAUCCCUCCCCUCCGGAUCCUCACUCCCUGGCUCUUCAAAGUAAGUAUUACCCCUCACUGUUCCAUUACAUUAGUCCUGGAAAAGACAGGUACUUCGAGGGUAACAUAUAUACAGAUACAGGCAAGCAUUCUUUUUAACAUUAUACUGAAGUGAAUAACAUAACACUUCUACUCCUGUAUCUGUGACUGUGCCACUGACUGCUUGUCCCCUGUACAGGCGACCAUGCUGGCAGAGAGGUACAAACAGGGGAAGCUACACGCCUACAAGCUCAUCUGUAAGAUCAUGAAGAGGAGGCAGGAUGUAUCGCCCAACUCAGACUUCCUCACACACUUCUACAACAUCAUGCACUGUGGCCUCAUGCACAUCGACCAGGUGUGUGUGUGUGUUUGCGUGCGCAUGUGUGCAUCUGAGAGAGCGAGACGGAGAGGAAGACUGAGAGAGUGUGUUGGCUGCAGGUAUCACUACCCUCUGUUAAAUACUGUUCCCUAUAUGUGUUCCUCAGGACAUAGUGAACACCAUCAUUAAGCACUGUUCUCCUCGGUUCUUCUCCAUCGGGCUGCCUGGAGCCACCAUGCUUAUCCUGGAUUUCAUCAUCGCAGCAAGCAGAGUCACGGCCUGCUCCUCCCUCAAUGUGAGAACAACACCACCGCAAUUCACCUUCUCUCUGAUUAUGAUAGUAAUGCACUGGAAUAGCUGUCUGUUAGGACUGACUGACUUAUUGGCUGGCUGGCUGACUGACUGACUUAAGUUUCUUCUCUUAAGUGCAGAUUCACUUUACAUUUUGAUGUGUUUUAAAUCUCCCCUCAUUUUGAAUCAGAACACUUGCUUCACCAUACUGUACACACACUUCUGGAUGCACCACACAACACCUACCCCCAGUACAGUUCAAUGAUCUGGAUGCACCCCCCCAUAUGUCUCUCUAUCAGGCCCCACGGGUGGAGGCUCAGAUCCUGCUGGGUUCUCUGGUGUGUUUCCCUAACCUAUAUGAGGAGCUGCCCGCCCUACACCCCACCACCGCUGACGUGGUCAUGACCAAGUUCAGAGACGUUAAGGUAACUGUCCUCAUGUGGGGUGGUUGGUUAACUCUAUAUUUUCAACCUGCUUUACUCUUGCUUCAGCCUAUAGGAACCGGUCCCCGGUUGAUUAUUGAAAAUGGAUUGAUUAUUCCUAUUGCAUCAUGAUUGUUUUAUUCUUUUUUAAAGACGUGGUAGUUUGUAUGAUUUUAUUGAACAGAUGGUCAGAGAGAGGGGUAUAUUGGAAAGAUAGGAGGGGGACACAGUGUGUCAAAUGGCAGUGGGCUUUGAGAUUAUUACCCACAUGACACCGGUAUUAAGGUACUGGAGGUGGCGGCACCAACCACUAGACCACUAGUAACCAUUAGACCACCCAAGCCACCUAUUGUUACACCUAUGUUGUAUCAAACCCACAUUAAAUCCAAUGACCUUUUUAUUUCUUCCGCCUGUGGUACUGAGGGAGCAGCAGCUAACUCUCUAGUGGGUGAUUAGCUAUGUCACAGGCGCCCAUUCACAGGACCUUGUUGUUAUUGUGCCGCAUGUUGUUGUUGAUUGCUGGUUAAAGACCUCAUUUCAUGCAUGAGAGUGUUUCAUAUUUGGACAGAGAAUUUCACACGAUGGCAUCUGAUAGCCUGGGUCUGGCUGUGAAUGACAAAGCGCUGGUUAAUUCAGCCAGUAGGGAGUCUGUUUUGUGUGUGUGUGUGUGUGUGUGCGCGUGCGUGCAUGUGUGAUUUAGCAGGAGAUCUGUUGUUCAAUGGAUAAUGAAACAGGCUGAUGGGUGCAUUAAUCUCUCAAUCAGUUAAUUAUUGAUUGAUUGAUCAUUUAUUGAUAGACCCUGUCAUUCGUUUCAGGAACACAUCAUCAAACACAUCCUGAGUUCAGCCAUAGAUGAGCCUUCAGCCCCAGCAAGGUAUGAAGACCAACCAACCACCCCCACCAACCAACCAACCACCCACCAACCAACCAACCACCCCCCCCCCCCAACCAACCAACACACCAACCAACCAACACCCACACCAACCACCAACAACCAACCAACAACACCCCACACAACCAACCAACCAACUACCCAACACCAACCAACCACAAACCAACACAACCAACACUACCCCCACCAACCACCAACCACACCAACACAACCAACCAAACUACCCCACCAACCAACCAACCAACCAACAACCAACCCACCACAACCAACAACCAAACUACCCCACCAAACCAACCAACAAACCAAUACCCACACACAACACAACAACCAACAACUCCCCACACCAAAUACCACCACCAACAACCAAACCAACCACACCAACCAAACCAACCAACUGCCCCCACAACCAAACAACCACUGCCCCCACCAACCAACCCCAACCAACUGCCCCCAACCAAACCAACCACCAACCAACUACCUCCACCAACCAACCAACGCCCCCACACAACCAACCAACCACUGCCCCCCACCAAAACCAACCAACUGCCCCCACCAACCACCAACCAACUGCCCCCACCAACCAACCAACCAACCAACCAACUGCCCCCACCAACCAACCAACCAACUGCCCCCACCAACCAACCAACCAACUGCCCCCACCAACCCAACCAACUACCCCCACCAACCACCCAUCCCCACCAACCAACCACAACCACGAAAUGGUAACCUAUUCCCUACAUAGUGCACUACUUCUGACCAGAGCCCUAUAUAGAGAAUAGGGUACCAUUAAGGACACAGUCUUUGCCUGUCCCUGACCUGUGGAAGACAAGCAGCAGAUUAUUGUAAUAAUAAUGAGGCGAGGGAAUGGAGAGGAGGGUGUCACUGUAUGGGCUGUGGUGACUAAUAGAAACUGGCCUUGGUUAUACUUUAGUCUACCUUGUGUAUUGUCCCUGUUAGUCUCAUUCAAGGUCACGCUGACAUUGAUAUUGCCAGUUGAUUAUGCAUUUAUGUACGUGUAUUUAUGUGUUUAUUAGUUACCAACUUUAACAUGUGACUCAAAAUAUUAAAGCUAUUUAUAAUGGGCUAAUGUGUGUCAUUUGGAAAAUGAACGGGAGUUGUGUUAUGUUGUGUUUGGCCCCGUCAGGUGUGUGGCCCUGUGCAGUCUAGGUAUCUGGCUGUGUGAGGAGUUGGUCCACGGCACCCAGCACCCUCAGAUCAAAGAAGCCCUCAAUGUCAUCUGUGUCACGCUAAAGGUAACUAACUAUAAAUGAUAUAAUAAUAUGCCACUUACUUCUGCUAAAUGGAUAUAUAUUAUUAGCAACACUCAUGCCCCGCCCACAUGAGGAUCUCAUUUUCAGCCAUCUAUUUCCUGUGUUUGAGGGGUGCAAAAUCCACUUAAAGCUCACUGGAUUGAUUGCUUUCAUUUUGCUCAUGCGACUCUUUCAUCCUCUUCAUUGUGCCUGUUGUUUUUUCCCCGUUAACAUUACAACCACAAAAUUUUUUGUAAAUAACCUGUCAAACACACUCCGGUAAUGGCUGAAUUGGGCUCAAUGGAAUACAUUGUCUUUCUGUUGCACCUAUAAGAACGCUAAAGCUUAGUCUGGGAUUUAACACAUCGCCUUGACACGCCUUGACAGAAGAAAGAUAACUUUAUUUUGAUGGGUGUUCAUUUUUUGGGGAAUUGAAAAAAGUAAUAGUUUAAUACAGUUGAAAUGAUUACAAAUGAAAGCAACUUCCGAAAAUGAACACUCAGAUUAAUAGUGAUAUUAUGUCUGAUCUUGCAAACAAUGUAUAGAUAAGUGCACAUAUCAUUUUCUUUAUUUUAAAACAAUUAUUUUACAAAAUACUUGAUUGAUAACAUUAGAAAAUGUAUAUAUGACUGCAUUCUAAGAAAAUAAAAGUGACAUUUUACUAUAAAUUCAAUACCUGAAUUCCCUCCAAGGUCCUUGAACUCCAUUCAAUUAUUUUUCCAUGCCAGUAAAGUUAUUUUUGUGCAAAAAUUUAGUAAAUAUCUGAUGGAUUUUAAAAAUUCUAAAAGUUUUGGGUACCUUCAUCCAAUGGUUACAUCUAUUAUAAUUGUUUUGAAAACAAUUUUUUACAAUAUGUUUUACCCCCUUUUUCUCCCAAUUUCGAAUACAAUCUUGUCUCAAGGCUGCAACUCCCCAACAGGCUCGGGAGAGGCGUAGGUCGAGUCAUGCGUCCUCCGAAACAUGACCCGCCAAACCGCACUCCUUAACACCCGCCCGCUUAACCCGGAAGCCAGCGGCACCAAUGUGUCGGAGGAAACACUGUUCAACUGACGACUGAAGUCAGCCUGCAGGUGCCCGGCCCGCCACAAGGAGACGCAAGAGCGCGAUGAGCCAAGUAAAGCCCCCCCCCCGGCCAAACCCUCCCUUAACCCGGACGACGCUAGGCCAAUUGUGCGCCGACCUAUGGGACUCCCGGUCACGGCCGGUUGUGACACAGCCUGGGAUCGAACCCGGGUCUGUAGUGACGCCUCAAGCACUGCGAUGCAGUGCCUUAGACCGCUGUACCACUCGGGAGGCCCUUUUAAAACCUUUUAACAAUUUUGAUGACCAUUGCUAAUAUUAUUAUUAUUGUUAUUAUAGAUGUUUUUAUCCAAAGUGUCUGUGAGAGUGAGUGUAUACAUUUCUAGUAUGUGUAUGUGAUCCUUACAGGAAUUGAACCCACAACCCUGGUGUUAUUGACACUAUUGGAGUAAUCUGCCAUGCACAGUGAUUAGAAUGUUGAAAUGUGUUGCCUUGCCUUCGUCCCUUGCCAUGUGAAGUGUACUAUAGCAGUCCCUGGUUAGCAGUAGCACAGCAGCAGUCUCUCCCUGUGGCCUGCCCUUGUCUACGGUAGGGUCAGUCUGCCUGGAGUGGGAGAAAGAUGUUCUGCACUGAGUAGCCAGAAGAAGCUUACAGACAGUACUGACUGGUUUGGUCUGGCUCAACACACACACACAACUCCAACCCAGCUAAAUCUGGCCUGACUGUCAACAUGUUUGGCUUCUCUGUGCGCUCCACUCUGCUCAGACAGAAGGCGAAGGCUAAUCCCAUGAAGAAUACAUGCUUCACCCACCUCAAGGAAUUGUUAUAUUUCUGUCGUCUGAAAUGAGGACACUCGCCAACUGCCCCCCCCCCCCCCCCCUUCUCUACCUCCUCCUCCUCUCCAUAUUGGUAUCCAAUCAAAUGGGUUGGCUGGUGAUCCGGACCAUUGUUUUGUGUGGGCCUUGGCCCUGGCUUGCUGCUCUGGAGAAGCACUCUGCACUCUUCCUGAGCCAGGGUCACGAGGAGGGAGGGAGGGAGAGAGGAGGUGGUGGUGGGUCAUCUCCCUGAGCCCCUUUUCUCAGUUGCGUGCGUGUUUGUCUUUUUGUUUUUCAGUUUCCAAAUAAAACUGUUGCGCUGGUGGCCUCCGACAUUCUGCACUUGCUCAUAAACUAUGUUGAUGACCUUCAGAAAUUCCCCCCAGACACUCCAAAGAAAAUAGUUGAGGUAAAUUGGCAUGUCCAUUUUUUUAUGUAAUAAAGUAUGUGAACUAGUCUUGGAGCUUUUGAAGAGUAUCCUUUUUGAAUGACAAAAAAAUCAAAUGUAUCUUUUUGCUUUCAGUAACUUUUUAACUCUUGUUUCAGAUCCUCAUAGCGACCAUCACUCACCUGCUUCCCACUACAGAAUCCUCCCCUCAUGAACUAGACAAGAGGGUAUGUCACCUCUCCUCACACACAACUCUCCUAGUCACAUGGAGAGCUAGUAAUAAUACAAGAUCACAACUGUUGGUUUUCUAUUUACAGUAUACUGGCCUGAAAUGGUUUUUGCAGAAGCUCAAUUAAGACAUUUUCCCUCAUCAUAACACAGUAUUUUGUUCUCUGAUUUAUUGAUGAAAUCAAACUGUGUUUUUGCUUCCCUGGCCCUAGUUGGUGGUGUCUCUGCUGUUGUGCCUGCUGGACUGGGUGAUGGCUCUGCCUCCUAAGACUCUGCUGCAGCCUGUCCAAACCCUCAGCCCUGACAAGGAGAAGCCAGACAAGUCUGUCCUCAGCUGUAUCUACAAGGUAUGCCCAGUCCCAAAUAGAACCCUUGCCCAUACUUUCUAAUGAGCUUUAUUUAUUGAUUUACUUCAAGGCAAUAUUUGAUGCCGACAUAUCCGUCUUUACUUUUGUUAGCAUUGACCACAGCAUACAGUGCCUUGCAAAAGUAUUUAUCCCCCUUGGUGUUUUUCCUAUUUUGUUGCAUUACAACCUGUAAUUUAAAUGGAUUUCAAUUUGGAUUUCAUGUAAUGGACAUACACAAAAUGGAUGGGUUAUCCGAAACUUUGAACAUCCCACGGAGCACCAUUAAAUCCAUUAUUUAAAAAUGCCAAACCUGCCAAGAGAGGGCCGCCCACCAAAACUCACAGACCAGGCAAGGAGGGCAUUAAUCAGAGAGGCAACAAAGAGACCAAAGAUGUACAUUUUACAUUUUAGUAAUUUAGCAGACGCUCUUAUCCAGAGCGACUUACAGUUAGUGAGUGCAUACAUUUUUCAGAUAACCCUGAAGGAGCUGCAAAGCUCCAGAGCGGAGAUUGGAGAAUCUGUCCAUAGGACCACUUUAAGCCAUACACUCCACAGAGCUGGGCUUUACGGAAGAGUUGCCAGAAAAAAGCCAUUGCUUAAAGAAAAAAAUAAGCAAACACGUUUGGUGUUCGCCAAAAGGCAUGUGGGAGACUCCCCAAACAUAUGGAAGAAGGUACUCUGGUCAGAUGAGACAAAAAUUGAGCUUUUUGGCCAUCAAGGAAAACGCUAUGUCUGGCGCAAACCCAACACCUCUCAUCACCCCGAGAACACCAUCCCCACAUGGUGGUGGCAGCAUCAUGCUGUGGGGAUGUUUUUCGUCGGCAGGGACUGGGAAACUGGUCAGAAUUGAAGGAAUGAUGGAUGGCGCUAAAUACAGGGAAAUUCUUGAGGGAAACCUGUUUCAGUCUUCCAGAGAUUUGAGACUGGGACGGAGGUUCACCUUCCAGCAGGACAAUGACCCUAAGCAUACUGCUAAAGCAACACUUGAGUGGUUUAAGGGGAAACAUUUAAAUGUCUUGGAAUGGCCUAGUCAAAGCCCAGACCUCAAUCCAAUUGAGAAAAGUGUGGUAUGACUUAAAGAUUGCUGUACACCAGCGGAACCCAUCCAACUUGAAGGGGGGGGGUUAAUAGUUAUGCACGCUCAAGUUGUCUGUUUUUUGUCUUAUUUCUUGUUUGUUUCACAAUAAAAAAGAUUUUGCAUCUUCAUAGUGGUAGGCAUGUUGUGUAAAUCAAAUUAUAUUUAAAAAAAUCAAUGUUAAUUCCAGGUUGUAAGGCAACAAAAUGGGAAAAAUGCCAAGGGGGGUGAAUACUUUUGCAAGCCACUGUGCAGUGGAGUGUCAAACCUGAACCAUGGAGUAGCACUUCUUUGUGUUUAGUGUUCUUUCAUUUCCUAAUGGAGCUAUUAGGGGAGGGUUUCUGUGGCUGGGUGUCUGUCUGCCUCUCUCGUAAGUCAUUAUUUGUGGAAUAGUUCAGGACUGCUGCGUUACAGCUUUAAUACAGACUUAGGGGCCUCCUUCCUAAUGCAUGCUACAGCUGGCACCGAGCACACCCAGACUCACUCCUCAGUAGUCAGCACUCAAUCACAGCAUCCUCUUUUCUCAUUACCACCCACCCUCUCUCUCUCUCUCUCUCUCUCUCUCUCUCUGUGUCUCUGUCUCCAUGGAAACACACUGCGACGGGAUCAGCAGAUAAUUUAAUUACUUAUUUCCGAUAAGGAUUCCUCCUCUCAAGUUUCUUUCCCUCUUUUUCUCUCUCUCUCAUUCUUUCUCUCUCGCUUUCUCUGUGAAAUAGUGCAGUAGUGUUCAUUGAUUACUCCUCUCUCUCCCUCUUCUCCCCCCAGGUGCUGCAUGGCUGUGUGUAUGGGGCCCAGAACUUCAACAGCCCUAGGUAUUUCCCUAUGAACCUGUCAGACCUGACCAGUCCAGACUACGACCCCUUCUUGCUACUGGAGAUUCUGAAGGAACCAGAGCCCCUCCACUCCCCUGACUCAGAACGCUCCUCCAAACUACAGCCUGUCACUGAGGGUAAGAACAAAACACCUUCUUCUCCUCCUCCUCCUCUGUGUUAAUCUCUACCUCUCCCAUACUCUGAUUCCUUCUCCUAAGGACCGGAUGUGAUGUGAAUGCAGCUAGGCUCCUAUGUGUCCUGUGUUAGAUUCAGAGCAGCAGGGGACACCUGCAGCUUUUUCCUGAAAGAGACAAUGACUAAUCAUUGGAGCACUUUGUGAGGCAUGCUUCCUUCCUUAGCAACUAACACCCCUUUUCCCUCCGGUCCUCGAUCUAUCCAUUUAUUAGUUAAUUUCAUUCCUUUCCUUUUCUUUUGGGGUGUCGGAGGAAAGAUAGAUGGAUGGAGGGAGAGAUGUUACCUUUUUAUUUAACCUUUAUUUACAUAGGUUUGUCUCAUUGAGAUAAAAAUCGCUUUUGCAAGAAAGAUCUGUGCCUUAAAGGCCCCCCUAGAUUUUAUUGGAGAGAGAGAUGAACCUGUCCUCCUGUCCUGUCGAUAGCCACAUUAUUUUUCCCUGUAAUGUCUCACACAGGGUUUAUGUAGCUCUGUGUGGCUGUGAUUAUGCUUAUUGGAAAGUGAUGGUUGGUAGCACACUGAGUGUGAUGGCAUUGGCUUGUUCUAUGCAUGGUGCCACCCAGAAAUGUAAAGAGAUUCUACAUUGGAACCAUUGAGGUAUCUAGCGUUGUUACUGGUAUCUAGCGUUGUUACUGGUAUCUAGCGUUGUUACUGGUAUCUAGCGUUGUUACUGGUAUCUAGCGUUGUAACUGGUGUUUAGUGGUGUAACUGGUGUCUAGCGUUGCAACUGGUGUCUAGCGUUGCAACUGGUGUCUAGCGUUGCAACUGGUGUCUAGCGUUGCAACUGGUGUCUAGCGUUGUUACUGGUUUAACUGGUAUCUAGCGUUGUAACUGGUAUCUAGCAUUUUACUACACAGACCCUGCUUUCUUCAUCAUACAUUUUAAUGAUUUUUGAUUGGCUAGAUUCCAUCAUCCCUCUACACUCUGUUGGAGAUUAACUCUAACACUAGGAAUACCUUGUCCCACUGGGUUGAGCUGAUACCUACAUGUUAUCAGCUGACUGGCUGGCUUUUUCUAUAUUUUCUCCUGUUUAUUGAGACUGGUCUUGAGAAAUGCUGCAAUGUCAACAUUAAACAGUUUCCAUUAUAUUUACAUUUACGUCAUUUAGCAGACGCUCUUAUCCAGAGCGACUUACAAAUAGGUGCAUUCACCUUAUAGCCAGUGGGAUAACCACUUUACAAUGUUUUUUUUUUUUUUUUUUUUUUGGGGGGGGGGGUUGGAGUAAAGGGGGGGGUGGGGGUAGAAGGAUUACUUUAUCCUAUCCCAGGUAUUCCUUAAAGAGGUGGGGUUUCAAAUGUCUCCGGAAGGUGGUGAGUGACUCCGCUGUCCUGGCGUCGUGAGGGAGCUUGUUCCACCAUUGGGGUGCCAGAGCAGCGAACAGUUUUGACUGGGCUGAGCGGGAACUAUGCUUCCGCAGAGGUAGGGGAGCCAGCAGGCCAGAGGUGGAUGAACGCAGUGCCCUCGUUUGGGUGUAGGGACUGAUCAGAGCCUGAAGGUACGGAGGUGCCGUUCCCCUCACAGCUCCGUAGGCAAGCACCAUGGUCUUGUAGCAGAUGCGAGCUUCAACUGGAAGCCAGUGGAGUGUGCGGAGGAGCGGGGUGACGUGAGAUAACUUGGGAAGGUUAUAUCCCCCUGUUCUUGUUUUAGAGCUCUUCAUCUCUUUGUUAUCUCCUUAUUCUUUCUAUCUUCCUCUUCCCCUGCAGUGCGGCGCCGUAUCCAGCACGGUCUGAUCUCCAUCGCGGCCAGGACAGUCAUCACCCACCUGGUCAACCACCUUGGCCACUACCCCAUGUCUGGAGGCCCUGCCACCCUGACCAGCCAGGUGUGUGAGAACAUGGACAACCCCUACAGCGAGAGCCCUGACCUGGCCCCAGAGCUCUUCGACGGGCCCAACCUACAGUUCUUUGUCCUGAACGGCACCACCCUCCUAUCCUGUCUACAGAUCCGGGCUGAGGACGGUGUGCCUGGAGGAGGAAUGUCUGCAGGCCUCACCACCACCAGUGCCUGUGUGAGGGUUAUCGUCCGAGACAUCUCCGGCAAACACUCGUGGGAUUCGGCUGUGCUGUACGGGCCACCUCACUGUGGUGCUCCCAAUCAGCCCCUGCACCUCUACAGUAACAGACCAACGGAGAGAAUGACAGAGAGAAGGACUACAGAGGGGGAGAAGGAGAAGAACUGGGUUGGAGACCCUGUAGAGAAGGAAGAAGAGGAGAGGGAAGAGGGGGCAGCACUGGAGGAAGAGGAGGUGGUGGUGGUGGUGGUGCUGGGAGAGGAGGAGGUGCUUGGAGAGGAGGAGGAGGGGGAGGCUGUGGAGGAGGAAGGAGAGGAAGAAGAGGAGGAAGAGGAAGGUGUGUUGGCGCUCAUGGCCCCGCAAGCUAAGCGUGUGUGUCGCGAGGCGGUCCCGUACUGGGACUCCCUGCGAGAAGAAGAAGAUGUUCUAGAUGAGAUGCUGCAGUACCUGGGUUACUCCAGCCCCGAGUGCCUUCAGCGGGCCGGAGCCCCCCUUAACAUCCACGCCCCACCGCCUGUCUGUGUGUCAGAGAAGCAGGAGAACGACGUGAUCAACGCCAUCCUGAAGCAGUGUGCAGAGGAGAGGGACUUUGCGGUGCACAGGGGGAAUGGGCUGAACAUGAGGGCCGUGGAGCAGGGGGAGCCGGGGCCUCAGAGGCCCCAGUCAGCCUUCUACUACUGCAGGCUGCUACUCAACAUCCUGGGCUUGAACUCCUGGGAGAAGAGGUGAGAGAGACACGCCACACCACAAACCAGGGUCCUGUUCAGUGGGGCACAAAACAGGAGAAAACAUUUUGAAACUGGGAAGUACAGUGCCUUCAGAAAGUAUACAUACCCCUUGACUAAUUCCAUAUGUUGUUGUGUUACAGCCUGAAUUCAAAAUUGAUUAAAUAGAUUGUUUUUCACCCAUCUAAACACAAUGCCUCAUAAUGACAAAGUGAAAACAUGUUUUUAGAAAUGUUAGGACAUUUUACACCACUGAGUCAAUACAUGUUAGAAUCAACUUUGGCAGCGAUUACAGCUGUGAGUCUUUCUUGGUAAGUCUAAGAGCUUUCCACACCUGGAUUGUGCAACAUUUGCCCAUUAUUGUUUUCAGAAUUCUUCAAGGUCUGUCAAGUUGGUUGUCAAUCAUUGCCAUAGAUUUUCAAGCCGAUUUAAUUCAAAACUGUAACUGGGCCGCUCAGGAACAUUCAAUGUCGUCUUGGUAAGAAACUCCAGUGUAUAUUUGGCCUUGUGUUUUAGGUUAUUGUCCUGCUGAAAGGUGAUUUUGUCUCCCAGUGUCUGUUGGAAAGCAGACUGAACCAGGGUUUCCUCCAGGAUUUUGCCCGUGCUUAGCUCUAUUAUGUUUAUUUUUAUCCAAAAAAAAUCCUCCUUAGUCCUUGCCGAUGACGAGCAGACCCAUAACAUGAUGCAGCCACCACCGUGCUUGAAAAUAUGAAGAGUGGUGCUCAGUGAUGUGUUGUAUUGGAUUUGCCACAAACAUAACACUUUGUAUUCAGGACAUAAAUUUAAUUUAUUUUUUGCAGUUUUACUUUAGUGCCAGGAUGCAUGUUUUGGAAUAUUUUUCUUCUGUACAGGCUUCCUUCUUUUCACUCUGUCAUUUAGGUUAGUGUUGUGGAGUAACUACAAUGUUGUUGAUCCAUCCUCAGUUUUCUCCUAUCACAGCCAUUAAACUCUGUAACUGUUUUAAAGUCACCAUUGCCUCAUGGUGAAAUCCCUGAGCGGUUUCCUUCCUCUCCGGCAUCUGAGUUAGGAAGGACGCCUGUAUACAGUGCAUUCGGAAAGGAUUCAGACCCCUUCCCUUUUUCCAAAUGUUGUUACAUUACAGCCUUAUUCUAAAAUGGAUUACAUCUUCUCGUCAAUCUACACACAAUACCCCAUAAUGACAAAGCGAAAACAGGUUUUUAGAAAUUUAUGCAAAUGUAUUAAAAAUAAAAAACAGAUUAAAAAAAGUAUUCAGACCCUUUGCUAUGAGACUUGAAAUUGAGCUCAGGUUCGUCCUGUUUCCAUUGAUCAUCCUUGAGAUGUUUCUACAACUUGAUUGGAGUCCACCUGUGGUAAAUUCAAUUGAUUGGACAUGAUUUGGAAAGGAACACACCUGUCUAUAUAAGGUCCCACAGUUGACAGUGCAUGUCAGAGCAAAAACCAAGCCAUGGGGUCAAAGGAAUUGUCUGUGGAGCUCAGAGACAGGAUUGUGUGGAGGCACAGAUCUGGGGAAGGGUACCAAAACAUUUCUGCAGCAUUGAAGGUCCCUAAGAACACAGUGACCUCCAUCAUUCUUAAAUGGAAGAAGUUUGGAACCACCAAGACUCUUCCUAGAACUGGCCGCCCGGCCAAACUGAGCAAUUGGGGGAGAAGGGCCUUGGUCAGAGAGGUGACUAAGAACCCGAUGGUCACUCUGACAGAGCUCCAGAGUUCCUCUGUGGAGAUGGGAGAACCUUCCAUAAGGACAACCAUCUCUGCAGCACUCUUUAUGGUAGAAAGGCCAGACAGAAGCCACUCCUCAGUAAAAGGCACAUGACAGCCCGCUUGGAGUUUGCCAAAAGGCACCUAAAGGACUCUCAGACCAUGAGAAACAAGAUUAUCUGUUCUGAUGAAACCAAGAUUGAACUCUGUGGCCUGAAUGCCAAGCAUCACAUCUGGAGGAAACCUGGCACCAUCCCUACGGUGAAGCAUGGUGGAGGCAGCGUCAUACUGUCGGGAUGUUUUUCAGCGGCAGGGACUGGGAGACUAGUCAGGAUCGAGGGAAAGAUGAAUGGAGCAAAGUACAGAGAGAUCCUUGAUGAAAACCUGCUCCAGAGCGCUCAGGACCUCAGACUGGGGCGAAGGUUCACCUUCCAGCAGGACAACGACCCUAAGCACACAGCCAAGACAACACAGGAGUGGCUUCAGGACAAGUCUCUGAAUGUCUUUGAGUGGCCCAGCCAGAGCCCGGACUUGAACCCGAUCGAACAUCUCUGGAUAGACCUGAAAAUAGCUGUACAGCGACACUCCCCAUCCAACCUGAUAGAGUUUGAGAGGAUCUGCAGAGAAGAAUGGGAGAAACUCCCCAAAUACAGGCGUGCCAAGCUUGUAGCGUCAUACCCAAGAAGACUCGAGGCUGUAAUCGCUGCCAAAGGUGCUUGAACAAAGUACUGAGUAAAGGGUCUGAGUACUUAUGUAAAUGUGAUAUUUCAGAAAACAUUUCUAAAAACCAGUUUUUGCUUUUUCAUUAUGGGGUAUUAUCUCAUAUUGUGUGUAGAUUGAUGAGGGGGAAAAAAACGAUUUAAUCAAUUUUAGUAUAAGGCUGUAACUUAGAAAAUGUGGAAAAAGUCAAGGGGUCUGAAUACUUUCCGAAUGGACUGUAACUUUGUAGUCACUGGGUGUAUUAAUACACCAUUCAAAGUGUAAUUAAUAACUUUAAUAUGCUAAACGUGAUAUUCAAUGUCUGCUUUUUAAAAAUGUUAUCUAUCUGCAAAUAGGUAGCCCUUUUUGCGAGGCAUUGGAAAACCUCCCUGGUCUUUGUGGUUGAAUCUGUGUUUGAAAUUCACUGCUCGACUGAGGGACCUAACAGAUAAUUGUGUGUGUGUGAUAUCAUGUUAAACACUAUUAUUGCACACAGAGUGAGUAAAAACAUAAUUCCACUUUGACAUUAUGGGGUAUUGUGUAUCUGCCAGUGACACAAAUCUCAAUUUAAUCAAUUUUAAAUUCAGGCUGUAACACAACAAAAUGUGGAAAAAGUAGAGGGGUUUGAAUACUUUCUGAAGGCACUGUAUUACCCAAACUUGUUCAAUAUGAAAAGCCCAUUUUCAGUUUGGAAACGCUUUGCUACGGUGUGCCCUACUGAACAUGACCAAAAUCAUAGUCUACGGUUUUUAUGGAAAAAUAGCUAAUUCUGCAGGUAGCCUAUUGUUCACAGAACUGGCACAUUUGAAGAGAUCCAGUAGACUCUUGUAGAAAAUGGGUAUGUGAUGAUUUAACUUCAGCUUGUUCUUGGUGCUGUGCUAUAUUCAAAUGGUGGGGGGGGGGGGGGAAUGCACCAUGUGUCACUGCUACCGCCAGCCUUGUUUGUCUCUCAGCCCGUCAGUGAGAUUUAGUAUAAUCAGCUUAGAGUAGCUAGUCCGUCCGCAUCUCUUUCUCUCUCUAUUUCUUUCUUUCUCUCUCACUCACUCACUCAUAUGGUCAUCUCAUCCACCUCAUUAUCACCACACUUCACUUAUAUUACUUUGCGUAAAUCCAUUUCCUGAAGCAGCUAUUUCUGGUGGCUUUUUUCAUUGAUGUCUUUGAAGUAUUAUCUAAUUGUAUUACUAGAGAUGGAGGCUGGAACUUUAAUGAUGAGAAUUAAUUGGGCUAAAUGGAAACUGCGUAUCACAUCCUACAGCUAUUGUAUACAGUACUCAUAUGCCUAUGAACCAGAGUAAUACUGUUAGCACUGAGGUGUUGUGCCCUAGUAGGAAGUCCACUGUGUGCAGCUCACCCAGCACUACUAAAAAUAGCCCGAGUAUGUCUACCUCUGCUUAGCUUCCCAGUAAAGCAAGAAAAAGAAUCAAGCAUCCCAGAAAAGUGUUAAAAAUAGCUCAUGUUGACAUAUGUAGCUUAAGAAACAAGGUUCAUUAAAUCAAUAAAUUGCUAGUAACAGAUGACAUUCAUAUUGUGACAAUCUCUGAAACUCACUUACAUAAUACCUUUGAUGAUACUGUGGUAGCAAUAUGAGGUUAUAACAUUUACAGAAAAGACAGAAAUGCCAAUUGGGGCGGUGUUGUGGUCUACAUUCAGAACCACAUUCCUGUAAAGCUUAGAGAGGAUCUCAUGUUAAAUACUGUUGAAGUAAUAUGGCUACAGGUUCACCUGCCUCACCUAAAGCCCAUUCUGGUGGGAAGCUGCUAUAGACCACCAAGUGCUAACAGUCACUAUCUGGAUAACAUGUGAAAUGCUUGAUAAUACACUGCUCAAAAAAAUUAAGGGAACACUUAAACAACACAAUGUAACUCCAAGUCAAUCACACUUCUGUGAAAUCAAACUGUCCACUUAGGAAGCAACACUGAUUGACAAUAAAUGUCACAUGCUGUUGUGCAAAUGAAAUAGACAACAGGUGAAAAUUAUAGGCAAUUAGCAAGACACCCCCAAUAAAUGACUGGCUUUGCAGGUGGUGACCACAGACCACUUCUCAGUUCCUAUGCUUCCUGGCUGAUGUUUUGGUCACUUUUGAAUGCUGGCGGUGCUUUCACUCUAGUGGUAGCAUGAGACGGAGUCUACAACCCACACAAGUGGCUCAGGUAGUGCAGCUCAUCCAGGAUGGCACAUCAAUGCGAGCUGUGGCAAGAAGGUUUGCUGUGUCUGUCAGCGUAGUGUCCAGAGCAUGGAGGCGCUACCAGGAGACAGGCCAGUACAUCAGGAGACAUGGAGGAGGCCGUAGGAGGGCAACAACCCAGCAGCAGGACUGCUACCUCCGCCUUUGUGCAAGGAGGAGCAGGAGGAGCACUGUCAGAGCCCUGCAAAAUGACCUUCAGCAGGCCACAAAUGUGCAUGUGUCUGCUCAAACGGUCAGAAACAGACUCCAUGAGGGUGGUAUGAGGGCCCGACGUCCACAGGUGGGGGUUGUGCUUACAGCCCAACACCGUGCAGGACGUUUGGCAUUUGCCAGAGAACACCAAGAUUGGCAAAUUCGCCACUGGUGCCCUGUGCUCUUCACAGAUGAAAGCAGGUUCACACUGAGCACAUGUGACAGACGUGACAGAGUCUGGAGACGCCGUGGAGAACGUUCUGCUGCCUGCAACAUCCUCCAGCAUGACUGGUUUGGCGGUGGGUCAGUCAUGGUGUGGGGUGGCAUUUCUUUGGGGGGCCGCACAGCCCUCCAUGUGCUUGCCAGAGGUAGCCUGACUGCCAUUAGGUACCGAGAUGAGAUCCUCAGACCCCUUGUGAGACUAUAUGCUGGUGCGGUUGGCCCUGGGUUCCUCCUAAUGCAAGACAAUGCUAGACCUCAUGUGGCUGGAGUGUGUCAGCAGUUCCUGCAAGAUGAAGGCAUUGAUGCUAUGGACCGCCCAUUCCCCAGACCUGAAUCCAAUUGAGCACAUCUGGGACAUCAUGUCUCGCUCCAUCCACCAACGCCACGUUGCACCACAGACUGUCCAGGAGUUGGCGGAUGCUUUAGUCCAGGUCUGGGAGGAGAUCCCUCAAGAGACCAUCCGCCACCUCAUCAGGAGCAUGCCCAGGCGUUAUAGGGAGGUCAUACAGGCACGUGGAGGCCACACACACUACUGAGCCUCAUUUGGACUUGUUUUAAGGACAUUACAUCAAAGUUGGAUCAGCCUGUAGUGUGGUUUUCCACUUUAAUUUUGAGGGUGACUCCAAAUCCAGACCUCCAUGGGUUGAUAAAUUUGAUUUCCAUUGAUAAUUUUUGUGUGAUUUUGUUGUCAGCACAUUCAACUAUGUAAAGAAAAAAGUAUUUAAUAAGAUUAUUUCAUUCAUUCAGAUCUAGGAUGUGUUAUUUUAGUGUUCCCUUAAUUUUUUUGAGCAGUGUAUAUGUGAUAUCAAUAGCGAGGUAUACUUUCUGGGUGAUUUAAAUAUUGACUGGCUUUCUUCAGGCUGCCCACUCAAGAGAAAGCUUCAAACUGUAACUGGUGCCUGUAACCUGGUUCAGGUUAUCAAUCAACCUACCAGGGUAGUCACAAACAGUACAGAAAUUAAAUCAUCAAGAUGUAUUGAUCAUAUCUUUACUAAUGCUGCAGAAAUUUGUUUGAAAGCAGUAUCCAAAUCCAUUGGAUGUAGUGAUCACAAUAUAGUAGCGAUAUCUAGGAAAACCAAAGUUCCAAAGGCUGGGCCUAAUAUUGUGUAUAAGAGGUCAUACAAUACAUUUUGUAGUGAUUCCUAUGUUGUUGAUGUGAAUAAUAUUUGUUGGUCUGUGGUGUGUAAUGACGAGCAACCAGACGCUGCACUUGACACAUUUAUGAAAUUGCUUAUCCCAGUUACUAAUAAGCAUGCACCCAUUAAGAAAAUGACUGUAAAAACUGUUAAAUCCCUGUGGAUAUUUGUGAGAGGUAUUGACAUGUUGAAUGCACUGAGCUGUCUGUUCGAACUACUGGCACACAGCUCGGACACCCAUGCAUACCCCAGAAGAUAUGCCACCAGAGGUCUCUUCACAGUCCACAAGUCAAGAACAGACUAUGGGAGGCGCACAGUACUACAUAGAGCCAUGACUACAUGGAACUCUAUUCCACAUCAAGUAACUCAAGCAGUAAAAUUAGAUUUAAAAAACAGAUACAAAUACACCUUAUGGAACAGCGGGGACUGUGAAGCAACACAAACAUAGACACUUGCAUGCAAACACAUGAUAACAUACGCACUAUACACACAUGUACACAUGGAUUUUGUGUUAUAGAUAUGUGGUAGUUGAGUAGAGGCCUGAGGGCACACACUUAAUAUGUUGUGAAAUCUGCUAUGAAUGUAUUGUAAUGUUUUUAAAAUGUAUAACUGCCUUAAACGUCGCUUUAGAGAAUUUGGCAGUACGUCCAACCGGCCUCACAACCUCAGACCACGUGUAUGGCGUUGUGUGGGCGAGUGGUUUGCUGAUGUCAACGUUGUGAACAGAGUGCCUCAUGGUGGCGGUGGGUUAUGGUAUGGGCAGGCAUAAGCUACGACAUCGAACACAAUUGCAUUUUAUCGAUGGCAAUUUGAAUGCACAGAGAUACCGUGACGAGCUCCUGAGGCCCAUUGUGUUGCCAUUCAUCUGCCGCCAUCACCUCAUGUUUCAGCAUGAUAAUGCACUGCCCCGUGUCGCAAGGAUCUGUACACAAUUCCUGUAAGCUGAAAAUGUCCCUGUUCUUCCAUUGCCUGCAUAUUCUCCAGACAUGUCACCCAUUGAGCAUGUUUGGGAUGCUCUGGAUCGACGUGUACGACAGCGUGUUCCAGUUCCCGCCAAUAUCCAGCAACUUCAGCUCACCCCUACCUUUUAAAAAAGUGAUCUGUAUUCCCAGUCAUGUGAAAUCCAUAGACUAGGGUCUAAUGAAUUAAUUUCAAUUGACAGAUUUUCUUAUAUGAACUGUAACUCAGUAAAAUAUUUGAAAUUGUUGCAUGUUGCAUUGUAUAUUUUUGUUCAGUAUAUUCGCCUACUCACAUCAUGCAAAGAAAGAAUAAAAGGACACAAACACAAACACAGAGAGACUUUUCAAAGCCCUGCCGCUGUAGCGUUGGUACAGUUGACAUUUUCAGUCCCUCCAGGAUUCCGAAUUCUGUGAUCGCAGGGCUUGCAAAUUUGACCAGUCACCGCAACAUUUCCACAUAAAACUGUCAAAUCAUCGCAAUAUUAUCGCAUAAAACUGACCCAUCACAGCAGUACAAAAUGAGGGUCCGUGGGCGAGCGUGUGUGCACUGAGUAAUAUUGGCCUUUAAUGCUGUUCCCGCUUGCUGCCUUUUGAAAUGGCUCUUUCAAUGGAGAAAAUUAAGACAUUGUAACAAGCUAAUAAAGAGGGCCAUACUCAAAUGGUGAGAGGGAGGAGGAAAAACACCAUGAAACACAUUUUUUUUUUUUAAGUAGUCGUGGCUUUUACAUGAGUCGUCGUCGUCCCCUCUGUUCGAACUUGACGAGGCCUAAGCGGCUAAUGUUCAAACUCCAGAUUGGGGAAAAUAAGGCAACGUUUUAAAGGUUCAGAUCUUUCAUGUCGUUACACCGGGGCGGUAACUAACAUAUAAGCUUAUUUAUUUCUCAGGAUAUUAUGAUUGCAUCUCUAUCUGUCCAUCGCUUGCUAUAAAGUUGCAGUGUAUUCGUGUUUUUAGCUAAAUCCUGUGAGUGAUGAUUUUGUAUUUAUUUCCCAGAGUUCCUGCCACCACUGCAUGCCAUCUUGUUUGGCUGUGGUUUGACUCGAUUGGUCUAAUGUUCCAGGAAAUGCUGUGACAAAAACAAAGAGGUGGCCAAUUAGGCAUGUGGGCCUGCUAAUGAUGGAGAGGUAGUCUGCGGCAGGCGGAGGGAGAAGUCUGCGGGCUACUUAGUGAAUAUCUGUGCAGUAUAGACCUAAUCACCUGAUCACUGUCAGGGAGUGAGGACAGGCCUGGGUAAUGUUGUUGUUGUUGUGAAUAUAAUACAAUUUAUACUUUAUUGUCCAUUCUCAGUGUCUUGUUGCAGUCAAGCUUCCGAAUACUUUAGAAUAUUUUCCAAGACAUCACUGUGUUGUAAAUAGAAUCUGUAGGCUAUGUAGAAUCUAUGUCACAAUUCUUUAUGCCAGUGGCUUAUACACUUGUUGUUGUUUUCUGUUAUAGGAGCAACUUCCAUCUCCUGAAGAAGAACGAGAAGCUGCUUAGAGAGCUGAAGAACCUCGACUCCAGGCAGUGGUAUGUUAGUGGUUCUUAUUCCUCAGACUGUUUUACUUAUAGAACAACAAAAAUGUGUCCUUAUAUUUCUCAUCUUGUUCCUUAUCUUUUCUCUCAUUCCCCAUCUUUUCCUCUAGUCGAGAGACACACAAAAUAGCUGUGUUUUACGUGGCGGAAGGGCAGGAGGACAAGCACUCUAUCCUGUGUAACACCAGGGGGAGUCAGGCUUACGAGGACUUUGUCUCUGGGCUGGGCUGGGAGGUAAGACGGACUCCUCUCUCUCCAAUACAACUUUCAGCAUCUCUGUACACUGAGUGUACAAAACAUUAGGAACACCUUCCUAAUAUUAAGUUGCACCCCCCUUUUGCCCUCAGAACAGUCUCAAUUCGUCGGGUCAUGGACUCUACAAGGUGUCGAAAGCAUUCCACAGGGAUGCUGGCCCAUAUUGACUCCAAUGCUUCCCACAGUUGUGUCAAGUUGGCUGGAUGUCCUUUGGGUGGUGGACCAUUCUUGAUACACACAGGAAACUGUUGAGUGUGAAAAACCCAGCAGCAUUGCAGGUCUUGACACAAACCGGUGCGCCCGUCACCUACUACCAUACCCCGUUCAAAGGCACUUAAAUCUUUUGUCUUGCCCAUUCACCCUCAUUUCUCAAUUGUCUCAAGGCUUAAAAAUCCUUCUUUAAUCUGUCUCCUCCCCUUCAUCUACACUGAUUUGAAGUGGAUUUAACAGGUGACAUCAAUAAGGGAUCAUAGCUUUCACCUGGAUUCACCUGGUCAGUCGGUACAUUUUAACCUACUAAUAAUCUAUUUAUUCCAGUGCUCCACUCCAAGAUGGCAGCAUGUCAAGUCGUUUGUCAAGUCGUUUGUUUGUGACUAGUACAUUUUAACCUACUAAUAAUCUAUUUAUUUAUGGUUGCGUAACUUCGUUGUUGCGUAGUGCAAACUAUUUUAUUUUUGCUGGUGUAAAGAUCACGGGUCCUCCUCAACUCGGAACUUCAUUACUUGAAGUUUACCAAAGUAACCCUAUCUCUGGCUGGCCUGAGUUCCUCGUUAGUCCGCGGAGUGUCUUGUCCGAGCUGCUCCUUGCUCUUCGCCUGGCUGUCAGUGGCAGCUCAACCCGUUCCCUCUAUCGCCCUCAACACCCAAUCUACUCACACGCGCAAACACUCACAUUGACUCACAUACACGCUGUCCCUCUCUCCACUUACCUUCGUUGGCCUCUUGUUUUUUGGUCAGAGAAAAUGACAAUUUACGUGGUAUUGCUUUGUGCACUGACUUUAUUGAACUCUGGAGAAAACGAACAUUGUCGCAGGGUGAGUACAUCUGACAAUGUACUCUCGCGUCCAUUAGACAUUUUGUCUGCAGGAACUCACUCUUUUUCACUCGGUCCACUCGUCCAAGUGCCGAUGCAUUUGUGGCAUGAUGUGAACAGUACGAAUUUGUGUCACUACCAAAGUCUAAUGGUUUUAAAUGACUGUUUUGUAUUGUCUGGAAACUCACUUGUAGAAUUCGCUUGCAGUAGGUCUCUUAAAAAAGAGAAGCCGUGCAAGGUUAUUAAACAGAGGUGCCUAGUUAUUCUUCUGUUGUUGAUAUCAGGUAACGUGCAACCUAACCCUGGCCCUGAUAUGCAAUGUCUCCAAACCCCCUCUGAUUUUAAAUCAAGAUCUGGUUUUGGUAUUUUUCAUUUAAAUGUACGCAGCGGGUUAGGAUUUGGGCUAAAUCAACUGAUGCUGAUGUAAUUGUGUUUUCGGAAACCUGGCUCAGCAAGUCUAUUUUUGAUAAGGAUAUUUGUACAAGUGGUUACAAUGUUUAUCGUGCAGAUCGGGUUAAGAAAGGUGGGGGUGUGGCUAUAUAUGUAAAAUCUAAAUUCCAUGUAAGUGUGGCAAAGUCUGAAACUAUUUGUAAACAGUUGGAAUUUCUUGCUUUGAAUAUUGAGGUUUCAAAGGGCCUCUCUAUAACUGUGAUUGGCUGUUAUAGACCCCCCUCUGCUCUUGGUGAUGCAUUUUCUUCUUUGGCGCACCUUAUGUCUAAACUUCUUUACAGUGAAAUGAUCUUGAUUGGUGAUCUCAACUGGUGUUGGUUAAAGCCGGUGUCUGAUGAUUUAAAAAUGUUUUGUAAUUCUAUGAAUCUUACCCAGUUGAUUAAUUCACCCACUCGCCCAAAUCUUAAAUGCCCUGAUAAAUCUACCCUGAUUGAUUUGAUAUUGACAAAUGUUCCACAUAAAUAUUCUGCGGUUGGUGUUUUUUGUAAUGAUUUAAGUGACCAUUGUGCUGUUGUUGCUGUUAGAAAUACUAAGGUUCCAAAGACAAAUCCACGUUUUAUUCGUAAGAGAAAUUUGAAGUGUUUUAAUGAGCAGGCUUUCUUUCAUGAUUUGUUUUAUUUUGACUGGAGCAAGAUUGAGCUUAUCCCUGAUGUGGAAACUGCCUGGAUAUUCUUUCAUGAUGGUUUUUUCCAAAUAGUAAACAAACAUGCACCAUUCCGCAGGUUCAGGGUUAAAGGGCGGGAUAAUCCAUGGUUUUCUUCUGAGCUGUCUUGUAUUAUUCACGACCGUAAUCUAGCCUGGGCUAAAGCAAGGAAAUCUUGUUCUGAUGCUGAUUGGCUUAUUUUUAGGCAGUUAAGAAACAAGUGUUCUUUUCUUCUCAGGAAGGCCAAGUCUGAAUAUUUUAUGUCUGUUACCACUGAUAACCUGAAUGACCCUAGAAAGUUUUGGAAUGCUAUUAAGUCUAUGUCUGGUAACAGUAAUGUUAAUGAAUUACCGUCAUGUGUUUUGAAGGACUCUGUUGCUAUAUAUGACAAAACUGAAAUGCUGAAUUGUUUCAAUGAGCACUUUGUAUCAUCUGGUAGGCUGUUUGAUUCAGUGUCCUCUGUCUCUGUACAACCCUGUGUGGAUGAACCAGUGUCCUCUGUCUCUGUACAACCCUGUGUGGAUGAACCAGUGAGAGCUGGUCAAACUUUUAGUUUUCUGCCAUUCUCAGUGCAGGUGGUACAUAAAGCCCUGAAAUCCUUAGAUCAAAGAAAGCCUGCAGGUCCUGAUCUUUUGGAUCCCUGCUUUUUAAAUCUGGCAGCUGAUUUCAUAGCUGAACCACUUACAUAUCUGUUCAAUCUAACACUGGAAUGUAAUGAAAUUCCAAAGAUCUGGAAGUCAGCAUUUGUCCUACCACUUUUAAAAGGGGGAGAUCCAACUCUUUUAAAUAAUUAUAGGCCAAUCUCAAAGCUGUCACCCCUGGUGAAAAUACUUGAAACCCUUGUAAGUGAACAGCUAAAAUAGUUUUUAUUUACUAACUCUAUUUUAUCAAUGUAUCAAUCGGGCUUCAGGAAGAAGCAUAGCACAAUUACAGCAGCCAUGAAGGUUUUAAAUGAUAUCACUGAAGCCCUUGACAAAAAACAGCACUGUGUCUCACUUUUUAUUGAUCUCUCUAAGGCUUUUGAUACAGUUGAUCAUGCUAUACUAAGGCAGAGAUUGUUGAGUGUAGGUCUUUCGGAGCAUGCAGUUGCAUGGUUUGCUAACUAUCUGUCUGAUAGAACUCAGUGCACUCAAUUUGAUGGGCUUAUGUCUGUUAAAUUGUCUGUCCUGAAUGGUGUGCCCCAGGGCUCUGUACUUGGUCCUCUCUUAUUCACUAUUUAUAUUAAUGAUUUAGACAAAAAUGUCCAAAAUGCACAACUUCAUUUUUAUGCUGAUGAUACUGUUAUUUACUGUUGUGCCUCAUCUCUUACAAAAGCUUUCCAGAACUUGCAAACUGCUUUUUAUACUGUUCAACAUACCUUGUGUCAAUUGAAGCUUAUCCUCAAUACUGACAAAACUAAACUAAUGGUGUUUUCUAAUGCAAGAAAUAGACCUCUGAACCUUUCACCUGUUACUACCUGUCAGGGCAAGGAGAUUGAGGUUGUAACCUCAUAUAAAUAUCUUGGAAUUCUAAUUGAUGACGGCCUCUCUUUUAAAUUGCAUAUUCAACAACUUACAAAAAAAUUGAAGCUGAAAUUGGGAUUUUAUUUUAGGAAUAAGGCCUGUUUUUCUUUUGAAGCCAGAAGGAGGCUAGUAUCAGCUACAUUUAUGCCUUUACUAGACUAUGGGGAUAUUUUAUAUAUGAAUGCUUCCGCUCAGUGUUUGAGAUCAAUUGACACUCUUUAUCAUGGUACUUUGAGAUUUAUUUUAAACUGCAAAACCCUUACGCACCACUGUACUUUGUAUACCAGGGUUGGCUGGCCUUCUCUAGUCACUCGUAGGCUCAGUCACUGGUAUACUUUUAUUUACAAAGCCAUUUUGGGUUUACUACCUUUUUAUUUGGGCAUUUUUAUUGUUCAGAAAUGUGGUGGGUACUCCUGCUAACUGUUCCAAAUGUCCGAACUGAAUUUGGUAAAAGGUCUUUUAUGUACUCUGCGCCAUCGUCUUGGAACACCUUACAAAAUAAUUUUAAACUGGAAGAACUUGUCCCGAUUGGUGUUUUUAAAUCUCUGAUGAAGGAUUUUGAGGCUGAUUCCCUGACCUGUCAAUGUUUUUAAUUUGCUGUUUUUGAUAUUGUUAUACUCUUGUGAAUUCAUGAAUGGUUUUUACUAGAUUACUUGUAGUUUUUCAUGUUGUCUGUCUGUAAUUUUUUGUAAUGACUUGGUGCUGCCUAUCUUGGCCAGGACGCUCUUGAAAAAGAGAUUUUAAAUCUCAAUGAGCCUUUCCUGGUUAAAUAAAGGUAAAAAAAAAAUAAUAAUGUCAUGGAAAGAGCAGGUGUUCUUAAUGUUUUGUAUACUCAGUGUAUAUACACAACACAUACUCUUACUGAUAAGCCUUAUGUGGUUACCUGGUUUAUUUAGUCAAGUAUUCAUUAGUGAGUUAUUGUUGAGUUAUAUUAGUAUUGAGUUAUAAACUCAGCAAAAAAUGAAACGUCCUCUCACUGUCAACUGCGUUUAUUUUCAGCAAACUUAACAUGUGUAAAUAUUUGUAUGAACAUAACAAGAUUCAACAACUGAGACAUAAAUUGAACAAGUUCCACAACAUGUGACUAACAGAAAUUGAAUAAUGUGUCCCUGAACAAAGGGGGGGGGGGGGGGGGUAACAGUAACAGUCAGUAUCUGGUGUGGCUACCAGCUGCAUUAAGUACUGCAGUGCAUCUCCUCCUCAUGGACUGCACCAGAUUUGCCAGUUCUUGCUGUGAGAUGUUACCCCACUCUUCCACCAAUGCACCUGCAAGUUCCCGGACAUUUCUGGGGGGAAUGGCCCUAGCUGUCACCCUCCGAUCUAACAGGUCCCAGACGUGCUGAAUGGGAUUGAGAUCCGGGCUCUUCGCUGGCCAUGGCAGAACACUGACAUUCCUGUCUUGCAGGAAAUCACUCACAGAACAAGCAGUAUGGCCGGUGGCAUUGUCAUGCUGGAGGUCAUAUCAGGAUGAGCCUGCAGGAAGGGUACCGCAUGUAAUGCACAGCGUUGAGAUUGCCUGCAAUGACAACAAGCUCAGUCCAAUGAUGCUGUGACACACCACCCCAGACCAUGACGGACCCUCCACCUCCAAAUCGAUCCCGCUCCAGAGUACAGGCCUUGGUGUAACGCUCAUUCCUUCAGCGAUAAACGCGAAUCCGACCAUCACCCCUGGUGAGACAAAACUGCGACUCGUCAGUGAGGAGCACUUUUUGCCAGUCCUGUCUGGUCCAGCGAUGGUGGGUUUGUGCCCAUAGGCGACGUUGUUGCCGGUGAGGUCUGGUGAGGACCUGCCUUACAACAGGCCUACAAGCCCUCAGUCCAGCCUCUCUCAGCCUAUUGAGGACAGUCUGAGCACUGAUGGCGGGAUUGUGCAUUCCUGGUGUAACUCGGGCAGUUGUUGUUGCCAUCCUGUACCUGUCCCGCAGGUGUGAUGUUCGGAUGUACCGAUCCUGUGCAGGUGUUGUUACACGUGGUCUGCCACUGCGAGGACGAUCAGCUGUCCGUCCUGUCUCCCUGUAGCGCUGUCUUAGGCGUCUCACAGUACGGACAUUGCAAUUUAUUGCACUGGCAGUCCUCAUGCCUCCUUGCAGCAUGCCUAAGGCACAUUCACGCAGAUGAGCAGGGACCCUGGGCAUCUUUCUUUUGGUGUUUUUCAGUCAGUAGAAAGGCCUACGUUUUCAUAACUGUUACCUUAAUUGCCUUCCGUCUGUAAGCUGUGAGUGUCUUAACGACCGUUCCACAGGUGCAUGUUCAUUAAUUGUUUAUGGUUCAUUGAACAAGCAUGGGAAACAGUGUUUAAACCCUUUACAAUGAAGAUCUGUGAAGUUAUUUUGAUUUUUACGAAUUAUCUUUGAAAGACAGGGUCCUUAAAAAGGGAGUUUAUUUUUUCUGUGCCUGAUUUAGAACACUGAAAACACGUUGUUGGCCCACUCCUUGAGUUGGUGUAUCUUAUGUAAGUUUGAUGAUCCAUUUUCCUAUAUUCCAGGUGAACUUGACCAGUCACUGUGGCUUCAUGGGAGGUCUUCAGAGGAACAAGAGCACUGGUCUGACCACGCCUUACUUCGCCACCUCCACCGUCGAGGUCAUGUACCACGUCUCCACACGGAUGCCCCCCGACUCAGACGACUCACUCACCAAAAAGGUAUGUUGUGGUGUUCUAGGAACGGCAGUUGGUGUCUGUGUGAAAAAAGUAAUGUCUGACUGCAACCCUGUUAUGCUCUUUUAUUGAGAUGCACACACCAUGUAUGUCUGUGUCCCUCUCACUCCCUUUCAUCCAGUCAGCAGGGGGUAGGUUAUUCUGUGUUGCCUUUUUAGAUGACCACUGCUCCCCUGGAGAGAGAGACCCAAUGUCUGCUCUCUCUCACACACACACACACCACUCUGUAGUGAUUCUCUGUACCCCUCAACUCAUACAAUGCGGAACAAAAAUACACUCUGACCUUUCUGUUCAGUCCACUACUAAACCAUUAUGUCCAGCUCUCUCAGGUGGGUCACAUUUCUACCUGCAGAGAGCUGUUUUUGUGUGGACUUGAGCCCCACAGAGAAACAUGCCAUGUUUUGCUAAUGUAGACGAGAGGAGCUUCCAUCUCCCUCCAGCUACAGGGGCAAUGGGUUGCUACAGAAGAUGAGAGGAGCUUCCAUCUCCCUCCAGCUACAGGGCCAAUGGGUUGCUACAGAAGACGAGAGGAGCUUCCAUCUCCCUCCAGCUACAGGGGCAAUGGGUUGCUACAGAAGACGAGAGGAGCUUCCAUCUCCCUCCAGCUACAGGGGCAAUGGGUUGCUACAGAAGACGAGAGAAGCUUCCAUCUCCCCCCAGCUACAGGGACAAUGGGUUGCUACAGAAGACGAGAGGAGCUUCCAUCUCCCUCCAUCUACAGGGGCAAUGGGUUGCUACAGAAGACGAGAGGAGCUUCCAUCUCCCUCCAUCUACAGGGGCAAUGUGGGAGAAAAUAUAUUCUCACCUUGAAUGGUUCCCUUUAUCCCUCUCUCUCAUGAAGCCCUUUCUCCUUCUAUCUCUUCUUUAUUUAUCUCACCUCAUUCUGCCUCCUCUCUCUUUCCCUUUGGAACAUGUUAGCAUCUCUCUCUCUCUUUCCCUUUGGAACAUGCAGGCAUCUCUCUCUCUUUCCCCCUACCUCUCUCUGUCACUCUUAACCUAAAAUAGACAUCACCUCUCUCCCUUGUUUUUCUCCUCUUCUACAAAUGUCCAUCUGUCUUGGUAUUAUUUUUAAGCAGGCAGAAAUGUAAUAAGAGAACAGAGGGCAUUAGCUGUAAUGAGUUUGGCUGUGAGGCCGGGGUGGCCCGUGAUACAGGGGGCCUGUAGCCAUAGAUCGCCACGGUGAUGCAGGAUGAACAAUGAAGUAUCAUUAGAGCUGUCCCCUCACUUCCCCUGGCAUACAUCUUCAACAGGGGCGAUACACACAUACACAGCCAUGACCAGAUGCUAAGGUGCUGCUAAUACUAAUAACAUACUCAUUAAUGAAUGCAGACAGACAGGAGGGGAAUAUUGAGGUGGCCGGUUGUGUGAUGGCCAAUAAUACACACACAGCUUCUUAGUCGGCCGAUAGCUGCAGUAGUCAUUUCGUUGUAACAUUAGAGUAGUAGAGGACGGGAUUGUGAUAUGUGGUUGUCUCACCCAGGAUAUCGAUGGUCCCACCUAGCUAUCCUAAGAUGAAUGCACCAACUGUAAGUCGCUUGGGUGAGAGGGCUAGAGAGAGGAGGUGUCUUUCUACCCCUAAGCCAUAAGACUGCUGAACAAUUAAUCAAAUGACCACCUGGACUAUUUACAUUGACCCCCCCCCCCCAUUUGUUUUUACACGGCUAAUACUUACCUUGACUAACCUGGACCCCCACACAUUGAGCCUUUUAUAUAGCCUCGGUAUUGUUAUUUUAUUGUGUUACAUUUUUAUUAUUUUUUACUUUCGUUUAUUUGGUAAAUAUUUUCUUAACUCUUUCUUGAACUGCAUUGUUGGUUAAGGGCUUGUAAGUAAGCAUUUCACGGUAAGGUCUACACCUGUUGUAUUCGGCGCAUGUGACAAAUUAAGUUUGAUUUGAUUUUAUCGCAGUCUGAUUUGAGGGGUUUAAUAACAAGAGCUGAAACGCCACUGAUAGCUUGCUUGUGGUUACUCACUCACUCACACUGCUGAUAAUGUGAACUAACAUGCAUCCAAUCCAUCAGAUGACCUCUAAGAUAUGACUGUAAGAUAAAUAAUAAUUCUAACCACUGUAUUUCACAUAACCGCCUCCCAUCUCAUGUCUGAAAUCUCUCAUUCAUCCCUCCAGACCCCCGAAAUGCCUUUCUGUCUUCAUGUUCUGCAUCUGCGCUCACCGCUCAUAAUUCAUUGCUACAAUUUAGUUGUGUAUGUAUGGCAGCAAAGCCAUGUUUGUGCGUGCGGGUGUUGGUGGCCUCCCCAAAUCGCACCCUAUUCCCUAUAUAGUGCACUACCUUUGACCAGAGCUCAGUAGUGCACUAUAUAGGGAAUAGGGUGCCAUUUGGGACGCAUCACCCUGUCUGUCGUAGUGAGAGGCCUGGAGCGUUGCUCCCGCUCCCCCUUCACUCAGCGGUCCGCGCUGCACAUGGCCAUAAUGUAGCCAAAUUAGAUCUGGCUGUGGCUGUCCCCCUGGUUAAAGUUCUACCAUGACUCCUCAGCAACUGAUUGGAUUUGGAGAGGCUGGAGGAGCUCUAUCCAACAGAGCGAUCUGCAGAUAGACACUAAACCAUGUUAACCAGACACUAAAGCGUGUCAGCUCAGCCAGCGAGAGCAGCCAGCAGGCACACGGACACACACUCACACACACACACACACACACACACAUACACACACAAGGAAGCACGUGCACACACAGAGUCACUCUCACACACACAUACACACCCUGCAUAUUUAUUUGUUUGUUGUUUUCCCCAUCUCCCCUCAGCCCACCUAGUAACGGACAGUGACAGGCGCACUGAAGGUUGAAGGCUGUGAAUACGUCCACACCCUCUGGGUCUUAUGGGCCAAGGAUUUAUGAAUGAGGGCUGCUGAUGUGAAAUGUUAAAGGAAAGAUGGCUCAAGCAGCAGCUAGCAGCUAUCUGCUCGGCAAUGGAUGAGGAUUCGAAUUUGUGAUUGGCUGCGAGGAAAGAAUGAGAGUUUCCUAUUGGUUGAGAGCGGAGGAUGAGAACGAGGUGCUAUACAGGCAAGGGUCAUGUUCAUUAGGGCACACAACAGGAAAAGUAAAUCCAGUCCAGGUAGUCCCUCCUGUUUCAGUACGUUUUUUUCAGUUUUGUACCGAAUGAACACAACCCAGGCCAGGACAGUGUGAUGUGGCCUCUGUGGGACUGCCUGUGACAGCCUGGCUCUCUGUGGCCCUCGGAGUGAUUGAGUGAAGAUGGAGAGAACAAUAGAAAGAUGGAGUGAGUUUGAGAAGAUGGAGUGAGCUGUGGAAGAUAGAUUGAUGGGUGCUGUGGUCUGAGGCAGCGUGUGGCGGUGGCGGCUCCUCUCGCCUGUCACUCUUCAAGGUUAAUGACACUGUGCUGAAUGGCCCUGGAUGGAGGAGUCCUAGACAGCCAACUCGCGCUACAUGCCCCACACAGGACACUGUGACAGUGUUAGAUAGCCCUGGAUGAAUGGAUGAGCCCUGGACAGUGUAUUCACAUUGAGUCUCAGAGAAGUAGUGCUGAUAUAGGAUCAGUUUUGCUUUUUAGAUCACAAUGACAAAGAUUAUAUGGACGGGAGGAACUGAUCCUAGAUCAGCACUCCUUCUCGGAUACUUAAAAAAAAAAAAUACAGGCCCUGAGAGAAUGAGAAUCCGCCCAAGACAGCCUGAGUUUUGACAGUGAAUUUGCAUCAGGGACACCAAUCUCAAGGCUCUCACUUAAAGUAACUGUCCAGUGAAAAUCUCACUUUUAAAAGUUUAUAUUCUGUUACUCAUAUCCAAAUAAAGUUGUUGACUCGUCCUAUAAUCGUACACUAUACAUACAAAAGUAUGUGGACACCCCUUCAAAUGAGUGGAUUCAGCUAUUUCAGCCACACCCAUUGUUGACAGGUGUAUAAAAUCGAGCACACAGCCAUGCAAUCUCCAUAGACAAACAUUGGCAGUAGAAUGGCCUUACUGAAGAGCUCAGUGACUUUCAACGUGGCACUGUCAUAGGAUGCCACCUUUCCAAGAAGUCAGUUCGUCAAAUUUCUGACCUGCUAGAGCUGCCCCGGUCAACUGUAAGUGCUGUUAUUUUGAAGUGGAAACGUCUAGGAGCAAUAACUGCUCAGCCACGAAGUGGCCCCAUGCACAAAGCGAGGUCCAUACAGAAAUGGUUUGUCGAGAUCGGUGUGGAAGAACUUGACUGGCCUGCACAGAGCCCUGACCUCAACCCCAUCGAACACCUUUGGGAUGAAUUGGAAUGCCGACUGCGAGCCAGGCCUAAUCGCUCAACAUCAGUGCCCGACCUCACUAAUGCUCUUGUGGCUGAAUGGAAGCAAGUCCCCGCAGCAAUGUUCCAACACAUAGUGGAAAGCCUUCCCAGAAGAGUGGAGGCUGUUAUAGCAGCAAAGGGGGGACCAACUCCAUAUUAAUGCCCAUGAUUUUGGAAUGUGUUCGACGAGCAGCUGUCCACAUACUUUUGGUCAUGUAGUGUAUUUGUGGCCAAAGCAUAAAUUGGAGAAAAAACAAGUCAAAAACUUGUAUCUCAAAUAGACCGUUUCAGAAAUGUUUGCUAUUUCCUCAUAGAACAUGCAUCUCCCUGAAGUGUAGGGGGUGAUGAGCUGGCCAAUCACUGGUCUACUUGCAUACUUUCAAUGACCACGCCCACACAAUUCUGUUGUUUGCGUAUGCCAACACCAUUCCAACACAGAAAAGCUGCUUUUUAACAUACUUCGUUUUCCGUUCCAAAUGUUUUACAUUAUUACACUCAUAUUGUUAGUAAUUAUAGGUCAUAUUUCAUAGAAAUCUGGAAACACUGGGCAGUUACUUUAAUGUGUGACUAUGUUCAAUCUUCCUCUGCCAUGUGAAUUAAUUACAUUAACUAGAAUUUUUAAACACAAUAAAAAAAGUCAACAUUUACUACUGGACAGGUACACUCACCCUCUUGCUCUCUUGCUCUUUCCUCUUCUCCCCUCCCACCUCCUCUCCUCCCGCACCUCUGUCCCUCUAGCUAAGGCAUCUUGGGAAUGACGAGGUGCACAUCGUGUGGUCGGAGCACUCGCGGGACUACAGGAGAGGCAUCAUCCCUACGGAGUUCGGAGACGUCCUCAUCAUCAUCUACCCCAUGAAGAACCACAUGUACAGCAUCCAGAUCCUCAAGAAGCCAGAGGUGGGUUCACCCAUCGGUUUUAAUCAUACGUUGACAUUAAGGUAUCCUAGAUUCCAUUUCCUGCCGUUGUGCCCUUGAGCAAGGCACAAACUGCACCAGGGGCACCGCACCGUGGCUGACCCUGGCUUCCAACCCCUCGGGAUAUUUUUGUGAGUUUAUUAAAAGCUAAAAAUACAAAUUUCUGUGUUUUUUGAAAAAUUACAAUUGACAAUAUCACAGCUAUACCUGCUGCAGUGUUAUAUUUUUAUAUAUAAACAAAAUCAAAACAAAUGUCUCGCGGCACUCCUGCUUCCUGCUCAGUUAUGUCCGGACUAAUCGGAUCAACAGGAUUCUUAGAAUUCAAUUGUGGUAUGGAUAUGGCUAGAAGAUGGGUCUGUCCCUUCAGAGUCUGGGGAAAUGUUGAAAGAUGGUCAGAUAAGGACAGAAAAGAGGUCUGGCUUUUAUGAAAGUCAAUUAUGGCACUGAAACGAUAGUGUUUUUGUUAUUUUAUAAAAUUAACAAACAUUGCAUUGAACAUUGCGUUCACUGGGAUCUGAUAGACGAGAACCACUUGUCACUGUUAUACUUGUAUAAAGUUUCUUAUUGUUCUGGCUUUAUUUAAUCAAUAGUAACUUACAGAGUUGUUUUCUCUCUCUAUCCUCCUCCUCUCUCCUUCUAGGUCCCGUUUUUCGGGCCCCUGUUCGAUGGAGCCAUAGUGGAUGAGAAGAUCCUUCCCACCAUGGUCCGGGCCACGGCCCUCAAUGCCAGCAGGGCUCUUAAAUCCCUCAUCCCCCUCUACCAGAACUUGUAUCCUUCUCCAUCUCCCUGCCAUGGCCUGGCAGUACUCUAUAAACCACAGCCCUGCCCAGCACCCUGCCUGUAG